GGCGUUUCGGGGUGGCCGCGGGAAGCGGCGGGGCGCAGGGCGGCAGCGGUCCAGAAGCGCGCGCGAGCAGCUCGGCCUGUCAGCCCUCGUCGCAGCAAGCCGUAUCGGGAGCAGAGCAGAGGCAGGCGGCGGGAAGCAGCGCCGCUCGGUGGAGGCGCGAAGCCAGCCCGGAGCCCCUCCUCCCUCCGCCGCCGCCGCGGCUCCUCCUCCUCCUCCUCCUCCUCCUCCUCCCUCCCCUGCCCAGAGCCAGCAGCCGGGAUCUCAGUAUUAUGGCAUCGAGGAGAAUGGAGACCAAACCCGUCAUAACGUGUCUGAAAACCCUCCUCAUCAUCUACUCCUUCGUUUUCUGGGUGAGUGUCCCCCGCCAUGGAAACAAAGCCCCACACUGGAAGCAGCCCCGGGAGGCUGGGCGAGGGCUUUGGGGGCGCCGGGGGCGGCAAUUAAUCCCCUCGCCUUGCGCCCCGGGAGGGUGUGUGUGGGUUUGUGUGUCCUCUUUAGUAAACGGGGGAAGAUAACGGUGCGUUGCAAGGGGAGCUGCAGCGGCUCAUGUUGCUGCGCAAACGGCGCCUUGCCUGGGGAGAUUUUGCAGCGCGAGUCGCCCUGCCCUCCACACUCGGCUCCUGGUUUAUCAUUGACUGGCUUUCUAAUGGAGGAAGGGAUUUGAGGCUUGUGCCUGAUUUGCACCACCAGCACCCCUUUCAAACAUAAAAGAGCUCCUUCGGAAGCAGCUUCAGGAAGAAAGUUGCCGGCCUCGGCGAGCUUCACGCAUUGCAUUUUAUUUCUCUUUCUGUGGUACGAUAUACCCCCGGCUUUUCCCCGAUGGUCUCGCAAUAGCACCUCCGCCUUGAAAGGUUGAAAUAUAGCCAUUCGUAAUCAAUCUGCUGUCCUGACAGAGGGCUGGCCGACACGGUCAUGUCGUUGCAGUAGAGAAUCGCUAUAUGAAUGUACUUCUGCCUGGAUUUUUUGGGAGCGUUUUGCGUCUUAACCACCUCACAGUGAUAUUUCUCUCAUUCUCUCAUAUAUAUAUAUAUGCGCAUGCAUAUGCGCAGGACAGAAGGGCAUUUAUUGCAGGAAGCUAGAUACAUUUUAGGGCGUUUGGACCACUCAAAAUGACUUUUAAAUUGCAACCUGCCUCCUAGAUGGAUGAAUCUGGUAGUAAGAAUAAAGAGAACUGUGGUGUUUAUGAAUGAGGCAAUUGGUGCAUCAUGCAUGAACACACAGGGAAGUCAGUAGCUUAAAACACAACCCUGUUAUAGAUUAUAUUAUAUAUGAAUUCUCUACCAGCCAGUAUGUGUGGGAAGUAUGAUUGACAGCUCACUGAUGAAGCUAUUGUAAGAGUAAAAAACAACAUCUAUCUAUUUAUAUCUAUAUCUAUAUCCUUCAUUAAAAUAAAUUGCAGCCUUCCCCCCCCCCCCAAAGGUUGUUGUCUCCAUGGCUUUGCCUUUGUAUAUACUGCAGGCAGCUCUCCUAACUAUUCAGCACUGCCCACUCCCAUAUUAUAUUUGGAUAAAUGCCACCUGCAUUUAGUGAGAUCAACUUUUAUUGCUGUGUUCCUUGUUCACAGUAGUGGUUGUCAAUGUAGCUGUUGACGCAUACAGCAUAUGCAAAAUAGAGAAUCAGCAUCAUAUGUUUUAGAAAGUGAGUUUUGCAUGCUAGAACAUUUUGCUUGAAAGUGUGAUAUUUCCCCUGAUUCGUCCUUUCGUCUCCUUCCACUGGAACAACACAGCUACCCACAGUAAUAAAGCAUUGAAAUACACAUUUUAUUGUUCUUAAAUCACAGUAAUAAAAAUAGAUGUUGUGGUUCAUAGUACUGAAAUGCUAGCACAUGCUUGACAAAGGAAGCUUAAGGAUGUAGUCAGCUGUGCUUGUCAGCACACAUGUGGAAGCAAACUCCACUGAAGUCAGUGGGGAUUAUUUGCAUGUAAAUGUGUUUGGAAUCAAGGGGCUAGAAGAAUGUAACAUGUAAGGCUUGCUUUGGUUUUGCUGAUGGGAGUAUAAGGUUGUACUGCUAUUAGGUGUUAGCCACUAUUGGUUUCAAGAGACUUUCCUGCUUAUCCAUACCGUGUACUGUGUUAGCUGGGCAUAGUUUUGUAUGGGAGGUGUCCUCUACAGUAACAUUCCAAUUGUGGAGUGCCCUCCCUCAAAAAUUCAACUGGUGCUGAUUCUGAAAGGUUUUAGGCAUUAGUUAAAAACAUGUUUGUUCACUUAGGUGUUCGGUUAAAUUGGUUGUGGAGUGGAAUAGCCUAUCUUCGUCAGACUUGUUCAUUUAUUAUACCGGUACUUGAUUAUGGACUUAACGUUAUAUAAGGUUUUUAUGUAUUUGUUUAAUAUUAUUGUGAUUUGUUUUUAUACUUUGUACCUCAUUAUGGGAUUGUUUUGAAUGAAGUGCAGUCUGGAAAUACCUUAAAUAAAUAGAUAAACAGUGUAUGAUGUAUAUUUUACUAUUUUGAGGGCUGGUGAUUCUAGUUCUAAUUUUUCCCUUCAAGCUGACGUCAGGCAUUGCUUGCAACAGCUUUGAGGGAGUGCGGGGGUGGGGUGGGGGAGAGAAUAUCUUCCACUGCUCAUUGCUAGUGUAAUAAUAUUACUACUUUAUUAGUAUGAUCAGUAUGAUCUGUGACCCAGAUACAAUAAAGAGUCAUUGGGUAACACAAGCCCUGAAUUUUCAAACAGUGUCUGGGGAAUGACAUUUUCUUAGUAACCUGGUAUGUUGUUCAGAAGAUGACAGACAUAAACAGCAUAUCAUGUUGUGACAAUGAUUUGCUGAUUAAAAACUCUUCAGUGGUAUAUAGUGACAAUACAAUAUAAUGGCCCGCUGGCCUUAAUCUGCAUGUCUACCAUGCAAUAUACUAAAACAAGCUAGUCACUUCAUACUGAGGAAAGCUGAUUGCGCAUUAUCAUUUUAAUAGCUCUGUCAUGUGGAAUGCGGUGAUGAGAUGUAAAACAUCCUUCCGCCUAAGCUCUGUUAAGCAAAUCAUUUUUCCAGUACCAGCAUUAUCAUUUAACCUGGAGGACAGCUCCCAGUGCACACACACUGCUUUUAUAACUUACAUUUGUUUGUUUCGUUUUUAAAGCACUUUAUUAUGUAGGGCUGCUUUCUUAUGUUGACUUACUUGGAGUAAGACUGACUGGAUUGAGCAGACAUACUUCUGAGUAAAGAUGCAUAGGAUUGGGCAGCACGUCCUUCUCCAGUGAAUGCACACAUCCAGCUCUAUUCACAGCUCUCUCCUUACUCCUUCAUUGCUGGUACUGUUCAAGCAAGGUUUGUGCUGUCUCCCAAAAGAAAAACAAUACAGCUUUAAGAGGAAGGAAAGCACUGUUAUCCCCUUAUGCCUACAAGUGAUUCCUCUUGUGCAAGGCUGAGGUAUAAGAAUCCAGAGACUUUGCAGUGUUGCAUUUGGAAACAAGGCUUUUUUUUUUAAUGCUCACUGUUAUUCCUUCAAUAUUGUUAGGAAAUCACUUGGUGUUAUCUGUGCAAAUGUUGGCUUCCUGCAGAUGAUUAGAGAAUCUUGUUCUCUGGCUAAAGAGCGGAUUUGUGCCUUGAAGUCUGUCUAACUAGUUCUUUUCAUGAGCAAUAAUCCCAGGAUAAUAAAAAUGUUUACACACUGUGGGACGCUAUAGGACACACUAUAGGACCAAAACAAAUAGGCAUUUUUAAAAGGAUGGUAAGGAGGCAUUAGUAGUGGUGCUUUCCGGGCCUGUUGUGGUGAACCAAGGAAUGAAAAGGCUUUAAAAGAAAAAACACAAACAUUCGUUCUUUCCUAUAAUUAUGAAUUAGACAUGAAGGUUACAUCUUCAUUGCAGCCCCAAAUACCGGUAGUUUUCAAACCUGUGUGAAGCAGCAAGAAUGGGAUUCUUAGAGAACCUUUAGAAUUCUAAUUUUGUGAGAGUACGAUGAAUCCCUUGCGCAUUUGCACAGUUCCUUGCACAAUGAAUGUGUUUUUGUUGUACACCAUGAACAACAGCAUUCUUUUAAUUUUUUUCUGCUUUAGUUAGGCUCUUGUUGACACAUAACGCUGAUGCUCUCACUGGUGUGGGAGGUUUCCUGCAAUGGGAUUCCCACGUGACCUUGGCAUAUGCAUGAAUACUAGAACCCUGCGGCAAAUCACUUGGGUUUCCCCAGUCAACUGAUGCCCAGUUGAGAAGCCAUGCAUGUGUCUAUGGGACUCUGGCAUUCUUGCACUUACUGCACAUCUGUGAGAUUUUGCCAUAGGGAAGUGGCUUGCACUCACUAAUGGUGUGUGGGAACAGGGCCUUAGUUCCAAUAGGUGAUGAGUCAGGGCCAAACUGCAUGCUACUUUGGAGAUCCAUGAUUGAUUGAUCUGUUUUUUUGAUAGAACUAAAUGAAGGCAUGUGUCUGCGGGGACUUUGACUGGGGUAGCUGCUGGCUACAGGGUUAUUUAACGUUCCCCCACCAAUGCAAUUUUCCCAAUCUAAAUUACCCUCCUGCAACUUCUAUUUGCCCUGUGCAUGAAAAAUACAGAUAGCUUUUUCUUGCUUGGAUCUUCCCUCUUCAAAGGAAAUAGUCGGGGGACGGUGUGGGGGAGAAAGUUGUUUGCCACUUCACUGCCCCCAAGAAAUUUGGGUGCUUUUAUUUGGGGAAAAAUUGGAAGACCAAUCACAGAUCUCCUGGUCUAAUGUGUUGCAUUUACACAGAAAUCACCCUUUGACUGCUUAAGUACCAUUGUCGUUUACUGGAAUUCAGCUCAUUCACAGUAUGGUGGUUAUUCCAGAUUUAUUAGUGCCUUUCCCUCAGGGCUGUGUGGAAAUGCCACAUUCUCUUCAGUCUAAAGCGUGAGCUUUUAAUAUACCUUUUCUAUGGAUGGGAGUGUGAAUAAGGAGAAUGAGGUGGGAGGAAAUGUAGGCAGCAUAUUUGGGUGGGUUACAUUCUCUCCAUUCUGAUUUUGGUAGGGGAUGGAGUAUAUGGACUCUUUGCUUCUUUCAUUAUACUUGUGUUUUGCUAUUGCAAUUUAAGUUAUGUGCCCAUUUUGUAGUUGCAAAUUGUUCUUAUUUACAAACAUGCUGCCAUACUAUGAUGAAUCUCAGAGGAACAUUGGCAAAUACCUUUCUGUAGGACUUAAAUAUAAAAGUCUUGCAAAACAAUGCAUAGAAAAAAGAUAACCAUGAUAAUUUUAUUCCCCUAGAAGGCACUUGUAAUGGAAUUGCUGAUCCAGCCUCAUUCACAGAAGCACAAACUGUAUAUUAGAAUGCCAAAUUUACUCUGUUCUUAUAAUAGUGUGUGCCUUUGAAUUAUUGGUAGCAUUAAUCAUUCCUGCAAUGAAUGUCUAAUUGGGUUAGUGGAAUCAACACUCCCUCUACCCCAUAUUUUCCUUGGACUGCUUCUGUUUUAUUGCUCACUGAUUCAACUUUGCAUUUAUACAUCUCAGCAAAUUGCUUUGAGAAGAUUGGCUAACAGGGCUGCUUCCCAUCCCUUCUUAAUGUAGGUUCUUUUGGGGCCUUCUAACACUGUAAAGUGAGUUGAACAGUUUCUGCCGUUUCCAAGAGUAGUCACGAUGCAGAAAGUAACAAGUUGGUUUUCUGGGUCCUGCACAAAUGACUGUUAAAUUGAAAUCAGUAGACUAGCGUUUUAAAACCUUUAUCUAUUUUAAGGACAUGAGCUGGUUAUUUCCUACACUAAGAAAGAAAAAGUAUGGAAGUGCAUUGUGAAUGUUUAAAUCACAAUGUUAAAAUACAAUCUUAAGUACUUUAAAAUACUGACUACUGAACAGCAAGUGUGUGUAUGAAGAUUCUGGUGUUAGAAAGUCUUGAAAAACAUGAGUAAACAAUAAAAAGAAAGGUGCAACAACUGCAGUAAUCUACAUUAUAUAGGCAGUAAUCUGCUUCUUAAUGCCCCUCAUACCAUACUUUUUAACCAGUGUUUGUACAAAUCACACCUGCAUUUGCUGCACUAGCAGAAUUGGCUGUUUUAUUUUGUGCAAUGGCCUUAGCAAUAUGUGCAAAGGCCUGGCGUCUGUGGUACUUUGGACAGUUCCAUGCAUGGCCCAGGCUGGAGACUUUGUAAGAGUCCUGAUGUUGCUUCUGCAGCAAUCAGCUUGAGAAUUGGCCUCAAAUAGGAGCUGCAGCUUUAUCUGUAACAGGGAGCUGGUGAUUCCACCAGGACUUCUGAGCUGGUGUUCUCCGAGUCCAAUGGGAGCAACAUGACAUUCUUGGGUCAAAGAGGUAAUAGCUCAAUGGUCUCCUUUUGUACAAGUGCUUUUGGUUGAUUAUGCACAUGUAGAGCUGGCUCUGAGAGCAGUUCCCUCUCCACUCCAAAUCCCAAUGCUUUAACCCCUGAAGAUCAUUAAUAUGGUGUUGAUUAUCAGACAUCUUCUUAGGCUACAGUCCUAAAUACAAUCUCCUUGAACAGAGUGGGACUUAUUUCUGAGUAAACGCCAUAUGGAAUUAUGCUAUUAGUAUAGCUGCAGAAUGCCUGCAUGAGCUUUCUGUGUUUCAGAGUAACUACUUCCAUCUAUUGUGUCAUAAAUCAUACAUUAAAACAAGCAUUUGUGUCUGCUGUUCCCUCUCUCCUGACCAGCUUUAUUGUUCUAUUAGACAGGAGUGGGACAUCUUGCCAGAAACUAUGUGAAGAGCUGUAUUGGAUGCAUCGGUGCUAUUGACUUAAAGUGGUUAUGCUGGGUGCCUGUGUUUCUGUUCUGAGUAUCUAUCUAAUUUUUUUUAAAAAAGAGGUUAUUUGUGAUUCUGGUAUGACUAAAGUAGAUUCUAAUAAAGAAUAACAAAAGCAAGCACAAUCAGAAUAGUGAAUUCUAGAAAUGAAACUUUCAGACAAUUUACGUGGCCAACAUGCCUCAAAACAUAGAUUUCAUGUUAAGUUCCAAAAAGAUUUUUGUUGUUACUGUUACUGAAAUGUCUAAGAAGAAUGAUUUUGAAAAGUAAAAAGCAUUUACAAAGUUCCUCUGUAAUUUAGUAUGUGUGUGUGUGUGUGUAUAUAUAUAUAUAAUAUUAUAUAUAUAUUCAUUCAGCAGUGGGGGUUGUAUGCCUAGCAGACAAGGAAAUAAGGUUUGGGAGAGCAGAUUUUCUUAUUAAAGUAUUGAUCAUUUUUUCAUCACAAGAUCAAUGUGCUUCCAACUUUAAGCAUUGAUCUUUGCAUUUUGAAAGUACAAUUGCUUUGCUCUAUAACAUAUGUUCAGAAAAUACUGGUGAACAAAUUGACAAUAUGAAAGAUAACCCUGGAAAGGCUUAGCAUGAGAAAUUAAUCCGUGUCUGUAGAACAAGCCUUCUCUGGCUGAAUCAGAUAGAGAAAUGCUGCCCUUUACUUUUGACACCAUAUCAGGAGGUAUGCCACUUGUGUACAGAAGCUAACACCCAAUUUGAACCAAGAAAUUGUUUAGUAGCAAUAAUAGCUGCAUUAAUUAGGGCCCCCCCCCAACUUGACUCUUGGUGAUGGAGUAUUUUUAAAAGCCUUUCUAAAUAUAUGCUUGCUUUUACACGGUUUGUGUUUUGUACCCCACCAUCAUUCAUUGUGCUUGUGCUACCCUUUGUGUGUAUGCACAAGAAUGGUAAGAGGCUAUGAGGAACAAGCCAAACAGGAGUAGCACAUGGUGAGAUGGGGCUGUGCUGGUUACCAGAUUCCUCUCCAGCUGUAUUGUUGCUGCAUAUUGGGAGAGAGAGGGAAGGGGUGAGGUGGUAUGAGGUUGGUAAGGUGCAAACGCACCAGCAGGAGUACCAGAUUGGCUCUGCUGGUGCCACACCUCCUGGAACUCAGCCAGAGGUCAGGUGAGCAUUGCAGCCCCAUCAUGUUGUCUACAACUGCUAAGGACAGCCCUGCUAUAUAUUUGCUAGUAAAUUUACUUGUGAUUAGGCACUCCUACUCCUUGAAAGAUGUGGGUAUCUGGAAAGUUCAACAACAUUGACUUCAUUAGUGGCUCAACAUAAUUUCAAACCGCCUUCAUUCGGAUUGUUAAAUGGCACAAGUGCUUUCUUAUCUAACCGCAGUCAAGAUGAUGCAGCUUUAGGCUUGAGAUGGGUGUGACCAGGCUCACUACUUAUGUCCACGUCCCAGCAGAGUACCCUAAACAUAGUAGCACUACAGUACAAACACCAACACUCUACAACCACAUUCCAAUUAUUCCUCCACUCAUACCACAUAAAAGUUUAAGAGGUGUACAAAAACAGCUGCUCCCACCCUCCAGUCAUCAGCUCAUUUGCAUGUGGCAUAUUGAAGGCAAUGAUUUUGGUGCCAUUUUAGGGAUUGUGUUUAAAACUCCAAAAUGGUUUUGGGAAGAAGUGAGGAGAUGUACAAUGGCAUCAGUGGGGUGGUAGUGGUAAGCGUCUUACAGAAUUUUUUAUUGUUUUUUUUUAAAAAAAACUGUUCCACCCUGUCUUUUCCUCAUUUCUAGGUUCACCCAAAAAAUAAACUAUGUACUGAGAAGAAAAGGGUAAACUUCAACCCAUAAAGUACAUUUUUUUUUUUUGCAAAAUUAUAUUGUGCUCUGCAGUUCCUGCUUUUGGAUAGUCUAGAUCAAUAGUCUUCAACUUUUCCAGACUCAGGACUCACCUUUAAUCAAAACAUGCUUUUAGAGACCAGUUUCUUAAGUUUACACCAUAUAUUUGUAUGGUGGUUGUGCUACAGUUGUGAUCCAUCUUAGAUCAAGCCAUGGCCUGUUAGUGGAUCCCAAACUAUCAGUUUUGAUCUUGUGUCAUUGAUCUAACUUGGGUUAUCCUUUCCAGAUGUGGUUAUUAUUGACCACAUACUUGUCUGUUUCCUGCUGAUCUUCUUUUUACAUCCUGCUGGAGCAUUGAAGCUUUAGGUCAUGUCUUUGCACAAGAGCUAUGAUCCUUCAAAAAGAAUAGGGCUGUCAAAAAUGUAACCAAAACGUGUGCAUUUGUUUAAUUUUCAUGUUUUUUACAUUGCAAAUAACAUGAAUUUUCACUUUUUCUUAUUUGCAUAAUUUAGCUGCUUAAUGAAGUAGAGCUUUAACUUUGAUUACUUUAUUGAAUUUAUUCCAAAUGAACUAGGCAAAGUAACUGUUCAACUUCAUUAAACAAGGAAACUAAGCAAAUCACACAAAAUCAAACUAGUCUGGUUGUUCCCCUGCUGUACCUUUGAUCAGUAAUUUAAUCAGUCACACAUACUUGACUUUUUCAUAAUUUCUGUAUAUAACUAAUAUUUUUCAAGGCUUAAGCAAUUUUUUUUUUUUAAAUUUGAGCUGUAGUAAUGGAUUUUCUACAUUAGCAGGAGAUUGGGCUACAUGACCUUUGAGUCAUUACCUUCCAAGUCUGUGAUUCUGUGAGCCUCUAAUUAGUCUGUUUACCUGAUGAAUCUUCAGCUUUGCUAAUAUUAAAUACUCUAUUCCUGAGAAGAAUUAUGAAAGUUAUGUGAGACCUGAAUUGAACUAGAGAUGGACAAAUGCCUUAUUCUCUACCUGUGAGUAUUUUUACUUGCUGCUGCACAUUAGUCACCAGAGUAACACAAGUCUUUCUGCCCCCUCGCCUGCUGUUUCUCUGCACAAAAUCUGUCUGUAUGUAUUCAUUGUGGCCUGCUGUUCACCUCCUUUGUUUUGAGUAUAGUGGACUUGUGCCCAGUUCAGCUAUUAUCUCAGUAGUGUGGCAGCUGUCAAAGGUUUCAUAUGACUAUGAGAAAAUUUGGAUCAGCUUCCUAGCUAGACCCGCCUAGACCCAACUAUCAAGGAGAAGUGCCGAUUGCCACUGGGCAGGUGCUGUGCUUUCCCUACAUUCCUCUUUCCUGGGCUGGUGGUGUCUGUUCUGAAUACUGUCUUGCUUGCUGUUCCACUCUGAGGCUUAUAGGCCUGAUCCUACCCCAAAUUUUGUCUAGGUCUCCUGAUUUAGCUAUGCUACUUAUGCCUGGGAAAGGCUCCUGGUGCCCGCCUCACAUUGCAGUCUGAGCUGGCUAAUAAUUCUGGCCAGACUUGGUUAAGCAUACAAAAUCAGUCCCUUUGCGAACUUCACUACAGGCCAAAGUAAUACCACCUUUAUAAAGGUUUAGAUGUUUGGUUUGCUUUGAGUUCUUAUUUUAGAUCGAGUUUAAAUUAUUGAGUACUGCAGUGUUGUUUAUAGAGGUGCCUUAAUGACUGGGAAUGGAUGUGGCAAGUGUGAUGGUAGCUGAUUUUGAAGGGUGGUAACGAAAGAUAAUUGCCAGAGUGACCCAAUUUUUCUUGCUAGUGAAGAAUUAUUUUGUCCUGACGGCCAGCAAGUCAUUUUAAAGGCGUAAGAACCCAACUGGAUCAGGCCAAAGGCUCAUCUGGUUCAGCAUCUUGUUCUCACAGUGGGCUGUCAGAUGCUUAAGGGAAACCCACAAGCAAGACCAAACUUCACUCUCCGCACUUGUGAUUUCCAGCAAUUGGUGUUCAGCAGAGACAGAAUACAGCUGUUGUUAUACCAAAGGCAGUGUAUUGUUAUUCUUUGCUAUGGCCAAUAUAUUGUUUUUUAAAAAUAAGAUUUUAUUAAGACGUUUCAUAAUACAUUACAAUAAAAAAAUAAACUAAUCUAAACAAAAAUUAUUUCCUUUUAUUUUUUUAUUUUUGUUUAACUAUGGCCAAUAUAUUCAUGCUUACAUUUUAGUGCUUUAUUGUAUUCCUGUCAAGGAACAACAAAUCCUGAGGGUUGUUGUUGUUUAGUCGUUUAGUCGUGUCCGACUCUUCGUGACCCCAUGGACCAGAGCACGCCAGGCACCCCUGUCUUCCACUGCCUCCCACAGUUUGGUCAGACUCAUGUUUGUAGCUUCGAGAACCCUAUCCUGAGCGUAGGAACAUAUUUUAUCUAAGCAGUAGUUUUGGUCUUGAUGAUAUCAAGGUCAAUACGUAUGCUUUUUUGAAAAGGCAGAAAUGGCUAGCAUUAGAGCUCUGGGUUAUUAUUAAGAAAUGCUUAGAUACAUUGUUAACAUUCUGACUCGCAGCAUAAUAUUAUCCAGUAAGAUGAUACUGAUCGUAUGCACGGUUUAUAUUGGGCUGAAUAAUGUUAAAAUUAUAGUCCCUUCAGUGAAAAUGGCUGAAUGUGCAGCUUCUUACCCCGCUUGCUUUAUCCUGUAAUCAUAAUAAUGUUUGUGACAUUCAUUGCAUGGAACAGAUCAGCCAAUUCCUUCUUCCAAUACCACAAAAUAACCUUAAGAAGCUACAACAAAUGGAAAGACUGAAUGGGGAAAUGUGAAUCUACCAUAAAAAAAACAACCACAUUUUUCCAAGCAGACUAAGCAGUAGUUGAAGAGUUAGGAUUAUACUAGAUGUGUCAAUAAACGUUUCUUUGCCUUUAAUUUGCAGGGUGUGUGUGUGUGUGUCCAUGCAAUAUUAUCAACCAAUAGGGGAGUUUCUUCCAGUGAAAAGACUGGCUACAGAGAAGGGAUUUUCCUCAGGAAAGAAGUAGUAGCGGGAAGGCUUAACAAUUGCCCAGGGCAAACUUGAGGCAACAAUCUGCUUCUCCCCCAGCUGACACUAUUCACUAUUCAGCCAGAUGAGCGGGGUAUAAAUAAUAAAAUUAUUGUUAUUAUUUAAAAUUAUUAUACGUCACAUUUUUAAAAACACAAGUUAAAUGCAAAGGCAAAUUUAGCAUUUUUUCUUAGAUUGUGUAGCCUCCUACUCUGUGGUCUUUUCUGGGCAAAGGCCAUGGAGCAUUCAUGGAAAUACAUGGGCCUUUGAAAGCAGGACUGGGGCAAAAUGUGUAUGAUCCAGCCAAAGUUAAGCUCUUUUAAGUUCCAUUUAUAUUAGUGGGAAAGAGUUAAGAGCUAUGGGAGAGUAUUUCAGUUAGCUCUCCCAUUGAAACCAAUGAGAUUGUUUGAAGCAGUGGCAACCCUUCUCCUUUAAAUGAAGGGUGGGCUGCUUCAAACAGCAUUCCCCUAACCCUUAAAAAACUAUUUUCCAAAAUAAUAAAACUUAUAACAACAAUAACUGUGUACAAGUCUAGUUAUAUAUAAUAAAAUCUCCACAAAAAUGUUUGUAGUGUCAUUUCAAGCAUAUUCUUAAGUCUAUAGCCUCUCUCCACAGAGAAAUUUGUGUAGACGGAUGAUCCUUUUGGACCACAUUUUAUCUGUGGGAGAGUGGACCUCAUUAUUUGUCUCUUGUCCUUGUAAUACAUUUCUCCAAUUAAUAAAAUCGCUGUUUUGGGACAAAAGGCUGCACAUAAUGUAUUUGAGAAAAACGUGCAAAGGAAAUGCUUUGGCCCUGAAAGGUGAACUAAAAAAACCCUUAAUAAGUAAAUAAAAUAGCAACUUCAAAUCUUGAAAUUUCUUUGGAGAAGGAUUAUAAAGCAGGAUCAAAGGGAAAAACAGAGAUUAACGAUUCACCCAGAGGUCCUAGGCAAUACUUUAUUAUUUAUUAUUAUUAUUAUUAUUAUUAUUAUUAUUACUACUACUACUACUAUUAAUUGAAUUUCUAUACCGCCCUAUACCCGCAGGUCUCAGGGCAGUUCCCUGUAACCCUGUUCCAAUAUUAUGCCCCACACUGUUAUAAUCCUGUGAGGGGAGAAUGCAGGCUCAAGCUUUCUGGCACUGGCCCUACCAUCUGCACCAGGCUUCCUCAACCUUGGCCCUCCAGAUGUUUUGAGACUACAAUUCCCAUCAUCCCUGCUAGCUAGGGAUGAUGGGAGUUGUAGGCCAAAAACAUCUGGAGGGCUGAGGUUGAGGAAGCCUGAUCUACAUAUGGGAUGAAAUGUCUGAAGAGGAAAGUCUGCUCAAUGCAUCUAGGCAUCCUGCAUUAUUUAAAAGCUACUGCAACCAGGGAGACCGCAAGUGGUAUGGAGCAUGGGGCUCACGUCGGCAGCUGUGGCCCUGAUCUUUCCCUCAUGUCUUAAGAAUAAUUUUUUAUUAACCGACCAAUCACAUCAAAUCAAACCAAAUUACAUAAAUUCCAAAUUACACAGCCGAAUUUUAAAUUUUUGUUGGGGGUACCCAUAUUUCAAGUUCGGAAGGGGAUCCAAUCAACUUCUUGCUGCUGUUUUAAUGUCCACAAAUCUAACCAUAUGAUGUUCACAGUACUAUCCAGUCCUUUCUUAUUAUUUUUCCACAUCUCUUGUUGUUAUUUUCAUAUAUUUUUCCUUUCUCUUUGUGACCUCUGAUAGUCUCCACAAGCUGGUUAAAACAGUUUGUAAUCCUGCGUGGAUUUUUUUUUUAAUCCAGUAGCCAUAUCCAGACGUUUUCCAUAUAACAUCACUUCCAUACAUCAAAACAGUCUUAGCGUCAUUAAUCUUCACCAAUCUGCCUCCUUUCUCAAACCUCUGAGGAGAUUCACCAGGAAUGCAGUCUGAAAACAAGUCCGUUCCUCCUCCCGGCUAUAAAUCCUUUGGCAAAAUGGCGACUCUGAAUUAAUUGCUGCGCCAUUCCAAAAGCUCUUAUUGCUUCUCGAUCUCCAUAAAGCAUACUUUUGGUUAAAGUUUAUCUCCACACAGACCUCAAUCAUCCUGCUUGGGUCAGUUAAACCGACGGUUCUAACGAGGAGGGAUUCUUGGUAAAUGACAUAGAAGGAAAGUAAAAAAGCCCCCCCCCAUUCAGUCCCGUUGCCGACAUACCCAGCCUUUGGUGUAUCUUCAUCGUAAAAUAUUCCUGUUGCUCCAACCCGUCGUCUUCUUUCGCAGAGGUCCCUUAAAUUAGCAGUCUUCACUCCCCUUCUUCACUUGAAAUAUGUGCAUUUGCUUCUUUUGUAAUUAAUUAUUCCAAAUUGCUGCAGCUAGUGCGCUAUCAGAGACAGUGUCCAGGAGAGCUGAGGUCCACACGGGGGCAUUCUGCCUAGUGCCCUCACCCCCUUCUUUCGAAUUUGGGGGUGAUUUAUGGGCACAGCAGGCAAGGGCAGUGUUCCCCAUUCUCUUGGGGCAACAAGGGAGGCUGCCUACUCCCAUAACAGCCUCUUAAUUACCCUGUGUGGGUCGGAGAGAUGGUAUUGUCAGCCAUAUUCCAAUGCGCCCCUAGUGGCCCCUGAUCUUUCCCUCAUGUGAUUGUAAUUGUGUAAUGCAAAACACCUCAACAGGGUUUGUGUCUAGGCCUUUAUCUUGUUCCCAGUGGACUACUGGUAUUGUAUGCAUCACUUUUGGCUGAAGCUCCAUAUGUUUAUUUCAGGUCUGGGCAACUUGUGGCCCUCAGAUGUUGUUGGACUUCCAUCAUCUCUGACUGUUGGCCAUUCUUGACUGGGCUGAUGUGUGCUGGGAGUCCAUUGAUAUGUAGAAAAUGCAACAUUGGCUACUUCUAUUCUAUUUUAUACCAAUCCUGAAUGGGUGGACAAGUUUUCAGACUUCCCCCCAUUAUGUAUAUUAGUGUUUCUCUUUGAUAUUUGUCUUCUUAAAAUUACUAACUACAUAUGCUAUGUAUUUUAUUGGCAACUGAUUGUAGCCUGCUCUAGGAUCAUCCAGUAUGUUUAAGGGCAGGAUAAAAGUAUUUUAAAUAAACAAAACAUUUCCCCCCUACCUAUUAUAUUGGAAGAGCAGUAUAUGAAUGCCCAAUAAAAGCUUCAGGAUCACAAUUCACAGCAAUAGCAAGCCAACCUGAGCCGUUUUCUGUGCAUCAGAAUGCUGGUAGCUCAGUAGAAUGCUCCAAAAUGGAGUUUGGGGAGGAUACUUUUGCUUAUCACAGGCUUCUUUCUUUUCUGCAUUUUCAUCUUCCCUUGUCCCUGCCCUUUUCCUUCAUUCUCACAAUCAAUCUGUUAUAUUCAGCCGUUAAACAUUUGUCCACACCCCAGUAAUUGCUUAUUCCUCUUUAAUUAAGCACAUUGUUGCACUUCUGUUUACCAUUGUUCCCCUUCCCCUCUUCUGGGCAGGGACUGCGUAGUUCUCAUAUAAGAUGAUGGAGAAUCAAAGUCCAGUUGGUGUCUUUAGGUACUGGCUUAAUAUGUAACAAUUUAUUGCACUUGGAAAUUAUUGUGUCAGUUAGAUAUAGAAAAACAGCGCUGAUCGGGAGUGGUUACAUUGCCUUCUGGAUGACUCGUUCAAAAGCCAAUUAUAGCAACAUCUUCACUUGUCAGUUAGGGGGAAAGCAGGUCACACUGCUGUUUAUAUAAACAUCGAAAGCCCCAAACAUACCAGGCUGUUUACUAGCAUGUAAUGUGGGCAGCUGCUUAGUACUCUGCUUCUAAAGCAAGUCUUUCAGCAAGUGCUGAAGGGAGUGGAUAUUUUUAUGUCCUACCCAAACCGGUGGACCGAAACCCUCCAGUUUUACAAGAGUGUUUCAGGCUUCAUAGUUUGGGGUUUUAGUCUUGACUUUGCAUCUAUGCCCCGUUUUCCUCUGCCUUUGUGUUCUAUCCAUUUAUUCCCAAACCAUCUCAGAUUCAUCUCUUUCAUCCUCCGUGUAGAGAAGGACUGUUGGACAGUUUCUCCUCAGCUUGAAUUCUCAUCUUCCCGAUGAAGGGCCCUGCAUGAGGGGCAGGGUAGAGAGAAUCUCCCCAGGUGGGAGGUUGGGAGAAGAGGGGGAAGCUCUCAGGUGAGAGCUGGGAGGGUUCACCAUUCUGUGGGUGGAAUAAGAAUUAAGAUACAAUUAUAGAGGACCUUGUGUUUGUUUGAUUAUUUAUUUGUUUAUAUUAUUUCUUCUUUUCUUUUUCUCCUUAUUUAUUCUCUUCCCUUGCUUAUUCUCGUUUCUCUUUUAUUUAUCUUCUUUAGAUUAGUUUGGAUUUUAUUGUAUUUUAUGUUAAAAACUCAAUAAAUUUGAUUUUUUUAAAAAAGAAUUCUCAUCUUCCCCUGUAAACCAAGACCAGCCUUCCCCAACCUGGUGCUCUCCAGAUGUUUUGGGCUAGGCUGGCCUAGACAUUAUUUCCAUUUAAAAAAAAAUGUGUUAGCUGCGUCUGUGAAGAGCGAAGAGAAUUCAAUGGCUGAAUUGCUGCUGUUGCCUUCCAAUGUAUUAUUCAAAGUCCUUUUUAGACUCUGGCAUAUAAAAGGGCUUCAUUAAUAUUUCAGAGGAUGCUGUGAUUCUCACCAAAAAGGAACUCCUUCCCUUUCAUCACUUGAUACUCAUGUAUUUCUGUGUGAAGCAAAGAUAUUUGGACUCUGUUAACUCCUGAAUGAGCAAACUCAUCACUUUCUAAAUGAACUGAUUGUUCAACUAUAUCCUGACCUUGAGAUUGAUGCCAGAUAGAGGUCUCGUAAGCCUGGCUUCUAACUGUGGUGAUUAGGCAUCCUUUUUAAAAGGUUUGGCUUUGUGAUUCAGACUUCAUGAAGGAACCAGUCUCAGUACAGCUGGACUUUCGUAUGGAAAGAUUUUGUUUGACCAGUUCCUGAACUGAUUACUCAAACCAUUGUGUUAUUCAUUUGCUUAUUCACAAAUGCUAGCUGUGCAUUCAUCUCAGAUUCAAAUCAGAAUCAUUAAUUUGGCUCUUUCGUGGCCAAAUUCAUGUCAAAUGUGAUGCUCUUUAAGGAAACAACAGUCUCCUCAGAAUGGUAAUGAAAUUGCCGCUUUCCAAAGAAGCUGAGACAAUAAUUUUCACUUCCAAGUAGAGAUUGUCCAAACUACUUAUCUUAAAAAAAACAACAACAACCCACUGCAAACAUUAAGUGUAUAGGUCACUUAUAUUGCCAUGAAGAGAUAUAGAUAUAUAGUUAUACAUAUAGAUUUCUUCCAAAGGAAACAGCUCUCCGCUCGCUGGGCUGCCGUUUGGCAGGCUGUGGGGAGUGAAGUGGUGAUGGGAUGGAAGGUGUGUGGGGAGAGUUCCUAUUCUUGUAAGAGCACACUCUGUGCACCUUCCUUUCCACCACAAGGGUGUGUAUGAGAGAAAGAGAAAGAAUGUGUGAAUGGCUCCCCUCAUGCUCACUGCUGUGUCGUGAUGCACAGGAUACCCAUCAUCCUGGUGCUAGACUGGCUGCUGUUACCUCCCUGCCCCACACCAAUUUCUACAUUAAAUAUAGAGGUUCAGGAAGCCUCCUCCCAUUGCAGGUUGUCUGGCAGUUCCUAAGGGUAACCCCCUGGCUUUUGCUAGCUUGGAAAAUGAGAGAUAUGAGUUAAUAGGUAAAAAACAAAACAAAACAAAACACCACAGUGACAUAGCUCCUGGAGUCAUUGACUGCUGCAGUGCAGUUUCCAUUCGGCAAAUUGGAACAGUGGUAAAAGAGACACCAAAGAGAAAGGGAUCUAAAGGGAAUUAAAUAAUAAGCCAAUAGAGACUAAACAGAACUAGUGCAGUAAGAGUGGAAAACGCAUGGACUCCUCCUCCAAACAGAACAGUACCAAUACAGAAAAAAGUUGGAUGCAUUGCAACUUGCUAUAUUAUAUACAAUUGGAAGUGCUGUUUAUAUAAAUUUAUAAUACACACAGAACCAAGGUUUAAUUUGAAUUUUGAAAUGAGUGGUUUUAGUUACAUUGGUGGUUUGCAUUCUUACCAAAAGAAGCAGCAGGAGGAGGAGGAGAGGGAGGAGAUGUGUGUGGCUUUUCAUCUGAAAUUUUAAUUCUUGCCAUGCUUUUUGGAUGUUAAGCUCUCAUGAGAUGAAAUUCCAGACAAAUAAUGGGAUUUUCUUUUCACUGCUUCUGCGGUUUUCCAGUUUGUUUUAAAUAUUUAAUAGUGGAAUGUUUUGUCUGAAGCAUUUUUAUUUAUUAUGUCUUGGUCCUUAUUGUUUCUCACAAAUAUCCUGUUUUUGCUUCAUUUAUUUAUUUAAACAUUAAUAUCUUACCUUUUGGCUAAACAAUGGAGCACCCAAGCUGACUAAAACAAAGAUGAAAGCCAAAAAAAUAACAACUUUAAAAGCAGAAAGCAGCUAUCAAUAACUACUUGGCAUCUAAAAACAGAAAGGCAGCUACUUGCAUUUCUUGAGACAAGAUGUCCCACGACUUGGGCUAGAAGUGGCUGAUAGGGCAUUGCCAUGGAGCUAGCCUUCAGGCAGCAGUGUUGCCAUUGGAAUGGUAUGGGUGUAGGGUGGCUGUGAGAUAGGUAUUGUGCCCACACACUGCUGGAUCUCCCACUGGUAUGCCCUUUCCCUCACCCCAACCUGGUAAGUGGCAGUGACACUGCUGUUGGAAGGUUGUCACCAUGCUACCAGUUGCUCCUGACAAGAGCUAUUAUAGAGAACUAUAGUGCCAGCUAUAGAGAUGGGACAUGUAGCAGGGCUUCCUAUGAAAACUCAAGUGUGCAGGCAAAUUUGCAUGUGAUACCUUCACCUAUCCAGAUCCCUAACAGGUUAGGCUUUAAAGACUAAAACCCAACAGUUUGAAUGUGGAAGCAGGACUGGCUCUAACAUAAGGCAAACUUAGGUGGUAGAUGCCAGAGUGUGCAGAUCAGUCAGAAGGUGUUGCAGCCUGCUUUGUGCACUGUAAUCGGAGCUGCUGCCCACAGGCAUAGUCAAAUGCUGUGUCUUCUCACAGCUACGUCUGGUAGGCUUCUGUGUGUGGAACUGGGUUGGGGCACCAUUGUGUCCUUCACCUGAGGCAGCAAAAAAAGCUUAGAUCAGCCCCAACACAGAAACAAAUGAGAGCUUAUGAAGUUGGUACAAUUUGUGUGUUCCAUGGUCACAAAAACAGGCCCCAGUCAACAGGAUAGUUGCUGCAGUUGCACCAUCCGAAUUUUCCUGACAGUUUUCAAUGGCAGCCUCACACAGAGCACGCUACAGCGAUGUAACCUGCAAGUAACCAAGGCAUACAAAGUGGAAUACCUGCUGAAGCUGUGCAAAAGCACUUGUGGCUUGGUUGCCACUUGUUGUCAUGGUAUUGACGGAGAACGACGGGGAGGAGGAGAGGCGAGCAGAUGAAGGGGGGCAGGAAGAGCCAGUGCAGGAAAGGGGGGAAAGCCAGGAGGAGGAAAGGCUCUCAGAUGCUGGAGCAGAGCCUCAACCCCGCACAGGAAGUUCUGGCACGGAUAGUGAUGCAGUGUCAGUUCCAUCUGCUCAGGAAUGGAGAGGGUUAAAGCGGAGAGGGCAGAGACAUCAAUUGAAAAUGCCUCGCCUCUUCUGCUGGAAAAGGGGCGGACGUAAAUCAAUCCGGGAAUCUGACUCACAGGAUUCGGAUGUGUAAUUAUGUGUGCUGCUUGUACAUAUGUAAAAUAAAAGCUGUGUCUAUGUAUCUCUGAGUGAGCAGAAGCAUUUCUUGCGAAGAGUAUUCUCAAGCCAUCACACUUAUUUACCCAGGAGCAAAGCUGGAUCCAGUUGCGGUUUCAAAAUUACGAACAUCUAUUCCUGGCUGGAUAGUUUGCAACUAGGCCUGUCAUCCUCCAAAGGCCGCAAAGCCAAAUCAGAAACCAGAAUGAACAGGAUUCAGGAAUCCAAUGAGCUAAGAUGGUACUUCAUGCUUCAAAACCUUCCCUGAGAAUCAUAUGUUGGAAAGCGACCCAUAGUUAUUCAAGUAGGUGGCAUCAAAAGGAAGCCUCCUUUCCCAGCAAAGGACAGACUACUGUUUCUAUCAACCUAACUGGUGUUGCCGUUCCUUGCAAGGAGGCACUGAUUAUCUAAGAACUUUGACAACUGAAGCCCCUUCCAUGCAUUCCACUGGUCGCAAGGAGAAAGUGUGCUUAGAACUACAGUGGUGCCUCGCAAGACGAAAUUAAUUCGUUCUGCGAGUUUUUUCGUCUUGCGAAUUUUUCGUCUUGCGAAGCACGGUUUUGGAAAAGCUUCAAAAAUCACCAAAGUCUUCAAAAACCUCAAAAAAGGCUACCACACCGUGUGCUAUGAGUUGCUCCUCGAAGUCAAGUCGCAACUGCACCUCUUCAAGCAAUGCACCUUGGGUAUUAACGGUUUUAAGAAAAAGGAAACAAACUUGCAAGACGUUUUCGUUUUUUGUCUUGCGAAGCAAGCCCAUAGGGAAAUUCGUCUUGCGAAGCAACUCAAAAAAUGAAAAACUCUUUCGUCUUGCGAGUUUUUCGUCUUUCGAGGCAUUCGUCUUGCGAGGUAACACUGUAUAAAAACAACUAAUGUGAGAGGAAAGGGAACUGUUUACUGUUUACAGAACUGGAAGAGCUCACUUGUAAGUGUAUCUACAAAAUAACGGUUUUGACUAAAGAUCUUUUGGAAUGCCAGAUCUGGAUGAGAAUAUUAAAGUUUACACUGAGAGAUGCUUUACACUAUGUUGCAUUGUGAGUGCACUAAUGCUUGCUGCAGUUAGACAUGUAAAGGGUGAAGAGAUGUCAGACAUUCCAUGGACAUGUGCAAAGGAACCAUGCCCAUUUGAAGUCCUCCUGUGCAUGUCCCCAUAGCAUUUGGGAGUAUGCAUCUCUGGUCAAAUUUUUAGGUGACAAACUCCAGUGUAAUCAAUGGUGUUGUAUUUAUCUGUAGCUGCACUAAAUUUUCUGUGGCUCCAGUUUCCCCGUGCUUUCCUCAAGAGGGAAAAAUAAUACCCUUUUAUAUUGUGCCACUGGUUUUUCUCCUAAUAGGAAGUGCAGUUGUUGCUUCCAUAAUGCAGUUAAGGGAGCAUUUUUACACCCAAGGGAGAGGCAAGCAGCCAACUGAUCGUUGUGCCUGAGCAAAAGAUUGGCCUUGGAAGUAAGAGAAAAACUCUGUGGAGUAGCACUUCAAGGCCUGUACAGUUCUGUGCAAAACUGAGAGAUGUUGCUGUAUAGCACUUGAAGGACAAAAAUCAAACACUGCCAAUUGUUUGGGAAAUCUUAAAGCCUUCUUGACAGCUUGUAAAGUUUGGAGCUUAAUUAGAUGUUCUUUCACCUGGUUCUUAAUGCCAGCCUGUCCAUUAACUUGUAACAGUUGCCAGUCUUCAGUCAACCACUUAUUUUACAGCUGUCAGACAUGCAAGUCCCAUACUUUUUGUGUAAAAUUUAUUCAGUACCAUCUCUUGGAGGCCAGAUUCUGUGGCAAUUUACCAACCACAUGAAUGUGGUCGAUCAGUGCAAUAUAAUUCUUUAUUAUACAUUCACAGAUUUCAGAGAGUCACAUAUUCAACUAAGAACUUGCAUCGAAGUGUACGUUAUCUAAAGGAAGAAUUGCAGAAACAAAGUUUGUUUACUUUCACAGUAUUAGAUAGUAGAUAUUAUAAAGGCAUGCUGGGAUGGGGGUGGGCAAGGCUACAGGUAAACAGCAUCUUAUUUAUUGGGCUGCAGCUUGUUCAUUGGGUUGUGGCUUUUUUCUAAGUGGAUUGUGUAAAUAUACAUUUAUUGCUUAAUUGAGCAUAUUUACAUAUAGAUUUCAAAAGAAUUAGGACUUCUACUUAUCCCACAAGGGACUCAGAAACUAAGCUGAGGGCUUAUUAAAGCCCAUCACAAAAUUGAGGUGAGCUAACUUUAUAAGCUCUCAAAUUUUCAUUCAGCUUGGAUUUUGUUCUGAUCAGUGGGAGAGGAACUGGCCUUUUCCAGCCAUCUUUGCUAUCUUUCCUGUUCCCCUUAAGCUACCUGUACCCCUCUUCCCUUAACUUGUUGGUGGAAUAGCAGCAAAGGCACGCAGGAAGAUAGCGAAGGGAAGUUUUUUCCUCCUUCACUCCUCUCUUCUUCACACUGACUAACAGUGUGACAAUCUGGGCAUAGGAAACCACAAGAGAUGUAGUUCUUCCAGUUGCCCUUGGCAUCUGGAAUGAAGUGGGUGGCUUCUUGGUGUUGGCUCCCCAGCGGUGGAAUGCUUCUCCCAGAGAGGCUCACCGGGUGCCCAGAUGAGCUUAGAGUAGUAAAAAUUGCUAGAGACUUACUCCUCACGAUUCCUCCUUCCCAGCAUUUUGUUUAUUGCCAAAUACCUAGUUUAUUAAUGCUUAAACAAAUAUAUAAAUUGAAUAUUAAUUCAAUUGGUUUUAUGAAAAAUUAGAACUUCUUGAAUACAUCAUUCACUAGGCACUUUUUCUAACCUCUGCUCUCCUUCCCCGUCUCCUAAUUCUGAGGAGCAAUCUGUGUUUUUUUGAUCUAAAAGAAACUGUGUAUGGCAAGGCUGAAAAUGAAAAUAGAGGGAGAGAAUCUUUGUUUUCUUGUUUACAGCCAGUGAAGAAAUGAGAGUAGGACAGGCAGUGUUACUAUUUGGUAUGCUGAAAUCUCCAUGACAGAUCUGAAUUAUUUUACAGUUCAUGGUUUAGUUUUCAAGGCACACAAGCAUCUGCCAAAAGUUAGGAUUAAGGGCAGCAAGAGGCUUAUAUUAUGCACACCUGACAUUGACAAAUGACAGGAGUGCUGGAGGAGGUCCAAGGGAGAUAUGACCCAGUAAACUGUUCAGUUAUGCUUUUCUAUGAGUAUGAGCACAAGAGCAUGAACACAUCUUACAGGAUGAAUAGUGUUUCCUUAACUACCUCCAAAGGAAACUUUUCUACCCAACAUAUAAUCAUUUUGACCACUUCAGCUCCCCUGACUUGCAUCAGGAGAGAGCUGCUACACAGAUCUCUUUCACAGAGGUAAUUUCUAAAAUUACAACCUUGGCCUGACUAAAAUACAAAAUUGACACUUCGUGCAUGUGUUUUCUCCAUUUCUCUAGGUUGCGUGGUGUUAAACUGCAUUUGAAAUGGUGGCUAGAAACUGCGCAGCUUUAGAGCAAAGUAUAAUUUACACAGGAUGCUAUUUUAACUGUGAUUGUGGAAUAAUAGAACAAGGUAAAAGAAAGGAAUAUCUGUUCAGUCCCAGCCACCAGAAGUCAAUUGCAUUUUUUUGUUGGCGGAGCUGACACAUUGAAGAAAGUGAAAGAAAGACAGAUAUUUGAUCCAGUGAUGUUUUCUGGGUGCAAGAGAUACCCAGGUCUCCUCCCUUACUUAUUACAGUGGAGGAAGCAGAUCCAUACUGCAUUCCUUUGUGCCUGUGCCCACUGUUGAAAUUAACAUGGCUCCCCAUCUGUGCAGAUAUGCAUCUUGGUAUACACAGAUCUCUCAAUUUGGGAGUAUACUGGCAAAUGGAGGUAACUUCAUUCCCUUUUUUUAUUGCAUGAAGAGAACCACUGGGAGAGAUGAUAUGGAGCGCUGAUACUAGAAAAUGUUAAGCACCUCCUCCUGGCCUGCCAGUUCUCUCCUCCUGAUUGCCUCUCUCAAAAGGGCCUUGGGCUACAGAUAUGCCUCUUGUAUAAAAUGUGCAGCCUUGCCCAAGAUGGGAUUGCUGCUGGGUGGCCCAUUUCCUACUGUUAUUAUUUGGUAAACACACAGCAAGAUAGGAAUCAGCUGCUGAGAUUCUCUCUGCUAAAAUUCUAGUGUUGAAUUUCCCCACAAUAUAGUCAGAACAUGGCGGUCUUUCAUUGGGCCGUCUACUCAUUGAAUUUCUAGGCUGUGUGUUCCUUUCUUUCUAACAAUGAAUCUGCUGUCUGUAUGCUGCCAGCAGACUGGGCUAUAAUGAAAGGGAAAAUGAACAGACAGAGACAUAGAGCUGGAUUGAAAACAGGAACCCACAUUUGUAUGCGAAACAGGUAGUAAAGUUUCUGUGGAAAAGUUGGUGUGAUACCAUGAUUGUAAAGAAGACUCCCCUCCUCUUUGGUAUGACUAGUCUGCUUUAGAGGGCAGCAGGUUGUCUUAUUUGUGACAUAAUUGCUUACUAUAGCAUAUUUAUCGAGAUUGAGAACAAGAACAGCAGUGAUGCAUAAGCUUAGAAUGUUAUUGGAUAUGAAACAGGAAAUUGGAGCCUAGAAAUACACACACACACACGCACCCCUAAUAAAAAAACCGAGACUCCAUUGCUUACUAAAACCUUCACCAUCAACAUGAUGUUAUUAAACAAAUAGCUGCCUUAUAUAUUUGAAGAAAAGUCGCUACUUUUUAUUCUGUUGAAUAUGAAGGCCUUAAAAGCUCUUGACACUGGAUUGAAAAGGCAAUUCUCAAUUCAAGGUCUUAUGUGGAACACUGUGGUGUGCAGCAUUUUUGAACUUGUAACCUCAUCCUAUUAUACCUUUGCCUCUGAAGAAUAUUUUCUCAUCUGAAGUAUCCUACUUCCUCUUUUAUCAAUUUAUCUGUCCAGCAGCAGCAGUACUGGAGAGACUUCUUGUCAAUGGCAUUGCUAUCAUCAGUCCACCAUUAGGACAGCUGUGUUGGGCUUUGAGAAUUGGGAGGGGGGAGAGAGAGAGAGAGAGAGAGAGAGAGGAGCUCUUGGCAGAUGUCCUGUAAGUGGUGAUGGUGAGGCGAUUGUAAUCAUGGUAGCAAUGUAGAUGGUGUAGUGGGGCGUCAUUGCUCACAUGACCUUUGGUUGGUCAUAGUGCUGCUGCUUACCUGAGAUAGAGGGGAAGGGGUGAGAUUGGUGCAGUUCUGCUACUGCAUUUCCACCAUGCUGGCCUUGCUGCCACCUCCCCACUCCCCCUCUACCUUCCAGUAAGCAGCAACAAGGUGACCAACCAGAGGUCAAUUAAGCAGCACCACCCCACCAUGCUAUCUGCUACUGCAUGCCAGUUGCUUAGAUGAUAAGUGUGCACAGCGACAUACAUGCAUAGAUCCCAAUGCAUGUAGUCUCCAAUCAUGUGAUAAGUAUACUGCAAAAUAUUGAGUGUACAAAUCACACAAUCGAGUAGUGUUUAUGUAUGUAGAUUGCCAUGUACACAUGCUGUUCAACACAUGAGUGCUGUGUGAGCAGAGGAGAGGAGCUAGAGUCAACCAGCACGACCACAGUUCGCUUCUAUGCAUAGUUAAUAAUUUAGAUAUAGAAUUAGGUAGGUUUAUACAUCUGUGUGUGUGUGUGUGUGUGUGUGUGUGUGUGAAGGGGGGGUAUUGACCGCUUUACUGAUAAAAUGAUGAUUACCGUUCUCGUUAAAGGCUUUUGCUGAAUGUUUUGCACAGGAAAUUAAAGGCUGAAGACUCUGGGAAUGACUCUACUCAUGUGCUUUAAACACAAGUCAUGCUAAUGCAUAGUUUGUCUUGCAUGACAGACAGAUCCGCAUUAACGAGCACUUACUGAGCAGUGCUGAUAUGGUAAUAUUUCUCCCUUUGAAGUUGAUAUAGGGAUUCUUGAACUGAUGCUAAUGGGAUGGGUAGAAUGCUAAGGAAAUACUUUAACAGUAUGUCUUGUAAGAGGAAGAAUGUGAAGUAUGUCUGUUUGAAGCUUUGAGCAGGUAUUUGAAGUCAGUGGAUUGGGCAGAGGUUAAAAUCUAGUCUACUGCAUUGCACACGAUAAUGGAAAAUAGGAAACAAAACUAGAUAGAAUUGUGGUGCAGUCUCUGCAAAUUACAAGUUGUGAAAAUGAUACAGCUGCUUGCACAUUCUAAGUGGGGCACAGGGCAAAGGAGGCUUAGGUUUCUUUUUUGAACCAUCAGAAAUCUAUAGUGUUCAGUUAUUAACAGAUACAAGGGUAUUCAGCCAUGAUCAAUUAAAGCACUGUUCUUCAUAGUCUCUGAGAUCACUGCCUAUGCAGAACAACAUCUUGAAAACUUUUAGAACUUAGAAAAAAUGUCAAGUGGUGUGCAUACGCCACUCCUUUUAGGAGUGGGUAAUGUCUCCCUGCCUACUUUUCUCUUCUGACUGCUGUUAAGCACCUCUCUUAGCUUUUUGACCUACUAAUAGAAUCAUAUAAUUGUAGAAUUGGAUAGGACCCUGAGUGUCAUCUAGUCCAACCCCCUGCAAUACAAGAAUCUGAACUAAAGCAUCCAUGACAGGUGGUCAUCCAACGUCUGCUUAAAAACUUCUAGUGAAGGACUUCAUUCUUUUUGAGUAUUUCCAUGGGACUUCACCCAGUAGUCCCUUACUUAAGCUUUUUGAAAUCAGCCUUUUUAAAGUCUAUAGCAGGCUUCCUCAACCUCGGCGCUUCAGAUGUUUUUGGCCUACAAGUCCCAUGAUCCCUAGCUAGCAGGACCAGUGGUCAGGGAUGAUGGGAAUUUUAGUUGCAAAACAUCUGGAGGGCCGAGGUUGAGGAAGCCUGGUCUAGAGUGCAUGUCCAACUACACUCAUCUUUCUCUUGCCACUGUAUAAUGAAACCUAAUAAGACAUGAUCACUUCUUCCCAGGAUUCCCAUUACUUCCACUUGGUCAAUCAGUUCUUCCAUGUUGGUGAGGACCAGGUCCAAGACAGAUGUUGUUUGUUCCACUUUCUGGGAAAUGAAAUGGUCAGUGAGGCAACUGAGGAGUUUUAGUAUUUGUUUAGUAUUAAAUGCAUAUUUCUUUUUAAAUAUUUGCAUCUUUUGCCUUCAUUGACUUCCUGGAGCUUUAUUAAUUUUCUGGAUUAUCAGCCUUAUAUGAUGCUAUGUGGAUUCUUCAAAAAAGGUCUUAUGACUCUUAUGUGGUUGAGAAAGAAGCAUAAAUUCUGUUCCUGUGCCUUUUGCUGGAAGUUAACCAAGUUCAUUUGAUGAAAUAGGACUUCCCACCUUUUGUCUUUGUUAUGAGAGUGGGUGCUAAAAGACUCAGAUGUGGUAUCCACUGAAAGGUCUGCUAAUAGAAAACUGCCAAUUUCUCCCAUUUUCCCCUUUGCCCUACAGUCCAGGGGCUGGAAUUACUGCAUCCUUCAUCCUCACUGACCCAGCUGCUGACACAUCUGCUUCCUUCACAGAAUCACAGAAUUGUAGAGCUGGAAAGGCCCAUGGGGGUCCAACCCCCUCCAAUGCAGGAAUCUCAACAGGCAGCGUCUCCCAUCUAACUUGAUACUAUACCAGCCCCUGCUUAGCUUUGCAAAUGUGCUACCAGGUUUUGUUUUGUUUUUUGCUGCACCACUAUGUUUUGUGGCUUCGGCUUCUCUCCUACUGGCCCUUGGUACACAGACCAGUAUGUACUGCCUUAUCCCUUAGGGAAGUUGUGUCAUUUUUCUCUUUGGGCAAUAGAGUCAUGUUCCUCUCCUAGAAUGGUACAAGCUACAAUGCAUGUUGUAUUAGUACUGUACUAAUGAUGCAACAUUUCUUUUAAAUUGUCAUCUUUAUGUGCAUACAUAUGACCUUUAAAUAUUAUUAUGAUUUCUGAAAAUGGUGACCACUACCAUCCCAAAAAAGAGAAAGAGAGAGGGGGGAUGGAAGGAAGGAAGCAGAGGGAUAAAAUAUCAAGUGUAAAUACUUCAGCAGAAGGUCACAACCUUGGAAUGGAUAUCUGUAGCACAAGAGCUUGAACUAACAGGCACUGAGUACUCUAAACUUAAAACGGUAGAACACUUAAUCUUACAACUUACAAGGCUGAAAUUAAAUCAUAUACUUUAGUAGUUGCAGAAGCUGUGACAGACAGAUGUCUAUACAAAAUCAAAUAUUUUUGUGGCAUUUUGGGGAAAGGUGACUUGUGCAUCAUGUCGUGUAUCAUAAAGCAAUUUAGAAUCAUUAAUAAACUAAUCCUAAACCGGCCACAUAUUUGAAGCUAUUUUGGCAUAUUACAUGAAUAAGGCUGAAUUUAAAUGAGCCCCUUUUGGGGGGUAAUACACAGUGGAAUAUGGUCCCAACCCAGGUAAGACAGGAAUCAUGAUUAGGGCUUCAGUUCUAAGCAUGCUUAGUGUACAUCCCACUGAAUUCAGGAGGACAUACUUAACAUGCCUACGACUGCACUGUAUUUUAGGCUGAAAUCAAUAGAAGUCCAUGAUGACUAAUUCAGUACCGUUGUUUCAGAGGGAGUCAUGACUGAAGUUAUCUAGGUUGAGGUCCAUAUAUUUUGUGUUAUUAGUGGCAAGGCUGGGUUUAAAAAAAAAUCCAUGUUACUUGGACUUUUUCAUGUUUCUUUCCCCUUAGAGCAGGAAUGGUCAACCUGUGACCCUCCAGAUGUUGUUAGACUGCAACUCCAAUUGUCCAUUGGCCAUGCUGAUGAGAAUUCAACAAGAUGUGGGGGACCAUAUGUCUGCCAUAAAGCAACAAUCUUUUUAUUUUACUUUAUUCAAAGUACACAGAAACAAAAGGGUCAUGCUCGGGGGUAUGGUCUGAGGGUGUAUAACAUUUGGUCAGUCUCUGGAUGGGAAUCUUACAUAUAAUGCUUUGAAGGAAAAGAAGUAAAUGUAUAAAUGCACUAAAUACGUUUCAGAACCCUGCUUGUUCAUAAUUCAAAGAAGGAACGCAACAAUUCUGAAGUGUGAUAAAAAAAAAAUCUGGCAAGUCUAUUUACUUCCUAUUCUAAAUCUGGGGACAGUAUAACCCUUUCCUUUGUCUCUUUUUAGCAAAAUCUAAGUGAUGGCAAUAAUCUUACAUAAGAUCUGUUUUGUUAGGAACUCUGCUGCUAUUAUUAGUAUGCCCUCUACUUGCCAUGUUGGGAGAAAGGAACAAAAGAGUCAAGUGUCUUUUUACAUGCUAACAGUUUUCAUUGUGGACAUGUAAAGAAACUCAAAAUUUCUUAUUUUGACCUUGUCCCACAUUUCACUUUUUAAAGAAAGAUCUAUUGUAAAAUAAUUUUAACAGAAUUUUCAGAAACUGGGACAGCUCAUCCACAUCUCUGUGGGGCAAAGGGUGGAGUAUGUGUAUCUGCUUUGAAGACUAAAUACCAGGAAGGUGUCGGAUGUAUUGACCCCUCCCCCUUUAUGUUUUGUGAUCCAAAGCUGUCUCUAGUGCUCUGUUACAGCUCUGCAUACACAGGAUUGCAAGCACCAGUUUUCAAAGAAUUUGCAGGCUAUCCUUCAGUAUAAAUAUCUCCAGGGCAGUUAAUAAGUUAGAAUCCUAAAAUGCCUACAAGGAAGAAGAAAAUCAAAAGAGCAGCAGAUAAAAUCAGCAUAAAGUGAAUGCUGUGCAAGAUAUCUUCCUUCCGCUUUUGUGAGGCCAUUCAUUUGAUACAAAAGUGGUGGGGUAUUAAUGGUGAAUUCUGGGGGCAAGCAAAUUUGAAUACAUCUUGGGUGGAGGGUGGACUUACCUUAAACAUGGGGUGGCUGGGGAUGAUGGUGUUUAUUUUUUUACAGAAUUUGAAAGUUUUUCUACCACUGCUUGGCUUCCCUUAUCAGCCCAGAGGUGUUCUUUUUAUAAUGUGGGAUGGAAUGCUUCAAGUGAAUGGCAGUACAUCAGACACAGCAUCAUUCCCAAUGGCAUUCUUGGGUUUUGUGUGUGCGUGGGUUUGUGUGACUACAAAUGGUUUGCUGCUGGGCUGCUGAGGGCAGCCAAGCUGCUGCUUAAAUUGGGGGCACAGCUUUCCAUUGUGGUUGUAAAAACACACACAGAAUAUCCUUGACCAUCUCAUAUUUAAGGUAAACUUUGUUCCACCCUAAAGGUCUUAGAUUUUGCCCACACCUUGAAUGAAUAAACUUUAUUACCGGCACGAGAUAAACAUGUGAAUAAAAUAGCAACUAGAGUUCAAACAGGUAAUUGUUAGAGCAAAUAAGAACACAGAUAAUGGAUGUAUAAGAACUGAUAAUUAAAAGAAAUAAGUACUAAAAGACACGCAAUUAAAACAACUAUAAGGGGUGGAGCUUAAGGGGAUACAAGUCUUGUAGUGUGGGCCUUCAAUUUAGGACUGGUUUGUAGCACUAACCAACCUUCGGCGAAUAUCCAUCCAUCCAGCUGUCUUCCAAUAUGUGAUUAAAUUUCCUGGUACUUGUUGCUAUACCCUCUGAUAAGACAAUGGCAGGAAACUAAAAUGCAUGCAGUAAAUUAAAAAAGCUUCUUAUGAAUGUCCCUGGGGAUAUAUAUGAUUAUUCAUGACAGAUGAGAAGUCAAAGUAAUCAUAUGGACCCUUGAGAACUGGAAUGGUUCCAACAAAAAUAUACAACCAUCAGAAUACUAUUAGAAAAGACAAUCCAGGAUACAUCUGGGUGUUCAGUUGAACUAGUCCUCCAUCUACUUGUCCCCCACCUAAGAUUGGUGUCCAUAAACAAAGCUUUUGGUGUCAUAGUGCUUAUCUUGCAUCAACAAGUCCAUGAAUCCUAUGGCAGAAAUUAAUUGUUCCUUUUGACAUGCAAUCUAGUAACUGUAUUUCUCAGGGGCAAGGAAAAACCCAUGUUCAACAAAGGAAGCAGUGGAGGAACAAAAGGGUGUUGGGGAAGGUAAGAUUGGGGGAACAGAUAUAUGAACCCAAGGCCCACUUGAUAUCCCCUUUGAGCUAAUCCUGGAGGGUAAAUAAUGUCUGAAUAGCCGCUUGGCAGACCAGUUCAUUCAGUUGCAAAACUGCCACAGGUGGGAGGUACCUAUAUAUUGUAUCCAGAGAGCCAGGUAACUUCCAAAAUUUCUCCCUGCCCCGCCACCCAUUACUAUUAAAUGUGCCCUUAUUCAUUCAUUUGUUAAGAAGGGAUGAAAGAAAGUCUGCCACUUUGGGAUGGGCGGAAUGUAGAUAAUUGAAACAGUUAUUAUAUGAUGGACGCUGGAAUAAUUUCUCCAGUCUUUUGUUGUUCUUGUCACUCAGUUGAUGAAUUCAGGAAGUCCGUUUUCCCUUCAGGUCAUGAUAGAAUAGUUGGGUGAGACUUCCACAUUGCUCUCUUGAGUAUUAAACAUUCUCCUACUCAUUAGGAGUAUACUUCUUAUAAAGAACACAGCACAGUGGAAAACUCAGCCCCUCCCGCCUUCCCAAGAAAACCCAAACUUGUUGUAUAUUACAAAUAUUGUAGUCAUUGAGGCAUCCAACCAGCACUAGUAUCUUCUGACACGGACAUUUCAAACAGGCACAUUUCAAGGGUAAACAAAUGCUACAUUGCACUGUAACAACUUUGCUCUUUGGGGAAGAAUGUGGAGAUGUACUGUUCACUAUCUACAGACACAGAAGCAUUUGCUGCCACUUUGGAGUUGUGUGUUGUGUACCUGAAAGGAGACAGGUUGUCUCUUUGAUUUAUUAGCUCUGCAGCACUUGGUAAUUAAGUGGCAAUUGUGAAAUAGAAGCAGAUAAAAGCCAUUUGGUUUUGGAAGCCUAUUGGUGAAUGUGUUGUUCAGCUGUCUGACUUCACAUGGAACCUUCAGCAGCCUCUUUGCAGGUUCUUGGUAAUGAAACUCUUUCUAUAAUUAACUGGAAGGAGCUUGAUAUAAUUGUUUCUUCUGCCUGUGAGGUGGAAUACCUGAAGGAGCCCCCUGCAUUAAAGCAGCCUUGCCCAGCCUGCUGCCACCCAGAUGUUUUUGGACUACAGCUGCCAUCAGCAAUAGCCAGCAUGACCAGUAGUCAGGGAUGAUGGGAGAUGUAGUCCAACAACAUUUGAAGAGUGUCAAGUUGGGGAAAGUUGGAUUAUACAAUAGCUGUAAGAUUCGUUCUUAUGUACCAGUUGUACUAGUGGGAUUUAAGGGUUUAAGAAGAACCCUGCUGUAUCAGUCUUAAGGACCUGUUUGGUCCAGCUAGCAUUUCCUACAGGGGCCAACCAAAAGCCUAUGGGAAGCACAGGAGCAGAACAUGAGUGAAUUACUCCUCUUCCACUACUGUUACCCAGCAAUUGUAUUCAGAGGUGCGCUGUCUCUGAUAGGGGAGGCAUUAGAUACAGGCUUUAUGACUAGCAACCAAUGAUAAUCUUAACCUCCACGAAUAUUUUCUAAUCCCCUUUUAAAAGCUCAGUUAGCAGCCAUCACUAUAUCCACAAUUUAACUAUGUGCUCUGUGAAGAAGUGCUUCCUUUUGCAUAUCCUGAAUCUCCCAUUAUUCGGCUUCACUGCAAGACCCUGGUGUUCUGUUAUUAUGAGAAGGGAAAACUUCUCCCCAUCCACUUUCUUUACACCUUGAAUAGGCUGGAUCUAGACCAGGGGUAGGCAACCUAAGGCCCAUGGGCCACAAGCGGCCCAUGGGGCUCAUUUAACUGGCCCACGAGCCGCCCCCAAACCGAGCCACCUGCUCAACGAGUCCCUGCGUGCUGUGCUAAACCGGCGCAGCACGGUGCGGGGACUCACUUCUGUGGUGCCGGAAAUCACAUCUGCACAUGCUCAGACACCAUAAAUCGUGUCUGCACAGACACAGACACCAGAAAUUGUGGCCGUGUGUGCAUGAGCACGUGCGCAAUCUAGCCCAUGGAGUGAACUGGCCCAGGCGAGGUAAACCUUGCCAACCCCGGAUCUAGACAGAUCAAAAAAGGGAUUCAGUUAAAUGUGUUGUGAACUUCGUACAGGGAAAUCCCACUGGAUUUCAGAUGGGACUCCACAGUGCCAUCUGGUGCCGCAGUGUUAUAAUGCAUAUAAAGCACUUUAUGAAUGUCGAUGAGUCCAAAGUUUUAUAUACUUCCCUCACACCCUUUAUUCCUAAGCCUUUGGCUAAUUCAACAGUUUAUGGCCUUUUAAACUGUUGGGGGGGUAUUGUUUUUGUUUGCUAUUUUGUAACAUAUUUUUGUGGUCCUAAGAUGAAGGGUGAUAUAGAAAUUUAAUUAAUAAAUACAUAAAUAAAAAUACCUCCUUACUCAAAUUUUUGUAGGCUAAAAAGCCCCAAAUGUUGUAACCUUUCCUCAUAUUGCUCCCAUGCUUGCCCUCCUCCCAUAUCUUAAUAGAUAGGCCACAGGGAGGCGAGGAGAGUUUCCCUCUUCCUCCUGAGUUCAGUUCUCAUUCAACCCUGCAUGCUGAAUAGAACAGUCAUUGCUAUUCAGCUAUAACCAUGCUUAUUCUCAGAGCCUUUGGUUAUACUUUAAGGGUUCCUUCCUUUCCAAUAAGAAGCUGCUACGGAUAGCGCUUUUGUUCAUAUCUUUAUCUUUUAAACGUUAGUUUUUGUGUUUAUGUUUCUGUGUUGUGCACUUUCUUUUAAAUUAAGAAUGCUUUGAGCAAUAUUUUGUAAAUGAUGCCUCAGCAUAAGAUGAGUAUGAGGCUGUCAAUAAACAGGUAAAGAGUUAACUGACUUGGAAAGAGAGCGGGCAUUGCUUAAAAGUGGAGACUUCCUCCCCCCCACACCCUCAUUUAAAAUUGUAGAAGUUUGCCUGUCAGCAGAAGUGAAAAUGGCAUUACAGUUUACAGUGAAGCUGGGAAAUAUGGAAGAGCUGCCAGCUGUCUUUCUUUAAAGGAAUUAUCUGCUUUUGAUAUUAACAAAUGCCUCUCGUUCUUCCCUCACCCCUUUACUGCCUGCCUUGCCCCUGGCUGAAUAAACCAAGAAUGGGAGCAGAACACAUAAAAAGGUCCCUGAAAACACCUGCUCUCAUUGCAGCUGCAGCCGCGCAAGCAGAGACUGCUGCUCUAGCUUGAGGGGGCUGACAUUUUGUGUGGUUGCAGCAGCAAGCUAUGAAUAAAAUCCCAUUAAUAUUCAGUACGUCUUAGUAGCUCUGCCUUCUACCAAUGUGUGGGCUUUGUCCUGUGUGAGUGAAAACAGAAACAGAUAGCUGCUAGGCUACUAAAAGGCAAGGCCCAUUAAAGGCCAAAGUGGGAUCUUUCCACCAGCCUGGCAUUGUCAGUAAGACAGGAAAGCAGGCUCUAUUUCGUUCAGUGGUUGGUAACUUGUUAUAGUUAUAUGAAAUCUAUUGCCUAUUCUGGUAUACUGUACCACCUUCUGAGGAACCUUGACGCUUAUGUUCCCCAAACUGCCAAAGCAAACAAAACCUUUGUGAAAACAACAUUUGAGAUAGCCUGCCCCCUCUAUAGGUGAAUUGUGUGAUUUGGGAUGGGGGGGGAUCAAGUCUGUUCACAUCUGAAGGUGAACCAACCUAAUUUGCACUUUCUAAAACAUUAAGCAAACCAAGGCAAGCACAGCUGUCCUUCAAAAUUCACACUUCUUUUUUGAAUUUUGCAGUGUAAUUCUCCCGCCUUGUCAUUUGUACAAAACUAAGCAUAGAAGGGUGAUAUAUUCUUUAAAAUGCAUAUAUGAAUGAAAAUUGCUUUAAAAAACUAAAAAAUAUAUAUGCAUACAGUAAUGUGUAUUUAGAAGAAAUUUGCACUAAAAUGUUGACAAACUUUCUUGAUAAUUUUUUUUAAAAAAAUACACUACAAACAGAUGUAUGUGGAAAUGUGGAGAACUGAACUUAAGACUGGGAAAAAGAGGUACCAAAAUUGAUUGAUUUGUCCAUUCCUGGGUGUGAUGCAUUUGAAGUACAUUGGACACUUGACAGCACUCUGCAAAUUUUUAAGUAUUAAGGAGUGCCUCUGUAUUGUACUAAUAAAUAUGUUGCACUUGUCUUGCCUCCAGUGGUAAAAUAGAGAUUCAGUCAAGUGAUUGUUGCAUUGCUAGUUCGUGAGUCAAUCAGUGAAAACAGCUGCUGGCUUAGAGGUCAUUCACACAUCCAUAUACACCACACAACACCUCAUCUUUCAGUGACUCAUGUGGGAAUGUGGGAACUUCCUGCACUCAAAGCAGUGAAUCUAAAGUGAUGACAAGUGACGUGUAAAAUGUGUGUGUGACCGCUGUUUCAUGCAGGGAGGUCAUAUAGCAUUGAAUGUGUACAUGUGAACCCACUUUUGCAUGUGUGCUUAUGAGGUUAUUUCUGUUACUGCCAUCACUUUUUUAAAAAAAACCUCGUGUGCUUCAGCCCUUUGUGAUAUAAUAUCCCAUAGUGUUAGCUUUACCUUUUCCUAUAUACUGUAUUUAGUUGUUACUAUUGCUGACUUUUUCUUGUUUUUUUCUCCUGACACAAUCCUUUCUGUUGGGAUCAAGGCCAUCCUGCUUCUUAACAUAGUGCAGGACUGGUGUCAGCAGUGGGCACCUGCCAAGACCCACACCCCUGCAGGGGCCCCACCGCCAACCCCUGGAGCCCCUGGCCUUACUCUUCUGCCUUGUUGUUGCUUAUUCAAAUGACUCCUUUAAUCAGCAAUGGGAGCAACAAAAGCAAUAGGAGCAACAAAAGGAGGAGGAGCCUCUAUCUGCCUUGCCCUCUUCCCUCUGAACAGUUGUGGGGUUUGAGACCCUUAAACAGAGGUGGAACAGCAGCGAGGAAUAAAUGGGGUCACUCUGGCAGUGGGACACAAGGAGGUAAUUUAUUCCAAGGGUAUCUUAUUUGCUUAGGAUAGAGAAAAAGCUAAAAAUUAUAUUAAUAGUUCUGCCUACUGCUGGAGUUUAGUCCACAGAAGGGUUGCCGAGAUGGGAAUGUGGGCUUUGGACUGAAAAUAUCCCCCACCCCUUUUAUCUAGCUUAUUUAAUUACCUGCGAGCAGAUCAGUGUAGAAGAGACAACAGUCCCCUGCCUAUUUUAAGGCGUUCAUUCCACAUGCUGUGUGUAGCUCAGGAAGCAUCUGCAUCACAGCUUUUUGAAGUCCUACUUUGCACACUUUUGUUUUAAAUUGUUAACUACCUUGAGGGCAUUGGCAGAAAGGUAGUGUAUAAAUGUAGGAAAUACAAAAAUAUUGCAAGCUUUAACCCUUUGCUGGCUAUCUGACUCUCUGCACUUCUAGUUCUGUGGGCAUAAGAAGAAGAGUUUGGAUUUGAUAUCCCGCUUUAUCACUAUCCGAAGGAGUCUCAAAGCGGCUAACAUUCUCCUUUCCCUUCCUCCCCCACAACAAACACUCUGUGAGGUGAGUGGGGCUGAGGGACUUCAGAGAAGUGUGACGAGCCCAAGGUCACCCAGCAGCUGCAUGUGGAGGAGCGGAGACGCGAACCCAGUUCACCAGAUUACGAGUCUACCACUCUUAACCACUACACCACACUGGCUCUCAUAAACUGCAUGGCUGAAGGCUAAUAAGGAAGGUGGGGUUUGUUGUGCACUCAAGCCCCACAGUAGGUGGCAUAUAGUCAGACUAACUAUAGAUGCACCCCAUCAAAGGAGUGAAGUGCCACAAGACCAGCUUUAUCAGGACAUGUUCAUAGCUUCCUACCAAAACAAGACUCAGUUGUUCAUACAGAGGCCCAAGGGCACUUUUGACUUCCUCUUUUUGGUGCCUGGAGUCAAUCUGCAGCAGGAAAGCAUUCAUAAAGAGACCCAAUAUGUCUCUAAGAUAGAUUUGUUAUAGUAGUCUGGAAAGGGGCCAUGACUAUUGAACUUAACUCAUCACUCUCUGGCAUUGCCUUGUGCUGUGGAGAAGAUGGCAUUCUCAAGGGAUAGCUUGUCCUAUUACCACUUGCUAUGAAAUAACAGCAUCCCAUAUUAAUGCUCCAACUAUUCCUGAUGGCCAAUAAUUUCAUAUUUGGAUCCUGCCUGUUGAAGAUGAACUGAAUUACAAAGUAACCCAAACAAUGCUAUUAGUGAAAACAGAGAAAGCUGUUCACCAAUGGCAACACAGUUAAUUGAAUUUUAUUUUGUUUUAAUAUAGGAAGAUGCCCUAUGCUGCAUCAGGCCAUUGGUCUGUCUAGCUUUACAUGGACUGGCAAUCUACACUUUUAGUCUGUAAUUCAUUCCACAUCUUUCGACAGGGUUUUAAUUCAGUAUGGUUGUUUAAUAAUGUAUAUUCAAAUAUUAAACUAUUUCUCAUUUCUGAUACACCAACAAAAUGUUUGCAAAGUGUAGAAUUUGGCCAGUAAGAUGCUUCUUUUAAAUGGCUGUCUAAGAAGUCUAAAAAUAAUGACCAGUUUUUCAGGAAGAUGUCUUCUGACACCUUAAAGGCUAAAAAUGGCAUGUGUUUUCACAUGUUAAGAGUCUGCUUUUCAGAUGCAGCUUUUUCUAAGCCAAAUAAUUAAAAUUCUCCCCAUGGGAUUUGGAACGUCAUAAUUGAGGUUUGUUUAUUUGUAAUCAGAAUUCACAAUGGAGCUGCAUUUUUAGCAUGCAAGCUCCUUGGUUUGUCAUUCCUAGAAUUGUUUUCUCCUUCAACAGCUUCCAUGAUCAACAAUCUGAUCCAAUCCUGUCACAUGCCACACUUUGCAGGAAUCAGAACCAAUUCAGAUUGAUUUUCAAAUUUUGAUAAGCACUUCCAUAAUCCCCAAAUUUUAGUUAAAAAAAUAUAUUGAGUAAACACCUGUGUUCAGAAGGGGAAUGAAUGAGAGAAGUCUUCUGUAUUCUAAUUGUAAAACACUACCUAAUGUUCAGGAUGCGGAAGGUGCUGUGGUCUAAACCACUGAGCCUCUUGGGCUUGCAAAUCGGAAGGUUGGUGGUUCAAAUCCCCGUGACGGGGUAAGCUCCCGUUGCUUGGUCCCAGCUCCUGCCAACCUAGCAAUUCAAAAGCACGCAAAUAGAUAAAUAGGUACCAGUCCAGCGGGAAGGUAAAUGGCAUUUCCAUGAGCUGCUCUGGUUUCAGUGUUCCGUUGCACCAGAAGCAGCUUAAUCAUGCUGGCCACAUGACCCAGAAAAACUUUCUGCAGACAAAUGCCGGCUCCUUUGGCCUGUAAAGUGAGAUGAGCACCGCAACCCCAGAGUCGUCUGCGACUGGACUUACGGUAACUGUCAGGGGUCCUUUACCUUUACCUAAUGUUCAGCUGAUCCCAGAAACUUUGAUUCUAAAUCUUCAACCCUCUGUAUGCUUUCUUGGAAGUAGGCUUAACUGAACUCAAGGGUCCUUUCUUCUGAGUAAACAUGCACAGAUUCAACUUAUAAAACACAAUGAGUAUUCACUUAAUAAAUCUUCAGCUAACUGAAAUGCAAACAGCCUUAAAACAAGUUUUACUUUUUCAGCUGCUAUGUAAUCUGAAGUUGAACAUCCGUAAAAGAAAUGAGAGAUGUGUUCAUUUGAUUCUUUUUAUCAUUCUUUAUCAUUUCUAUUUAUUUUUGAUAUUUAGACCCUUGCAGUUUGAGCGUGUAAUUUGAAAAAUUAAAAGUGAAUGACUGCGGGGGGGAAGAAAAAGUUUCAGAUGAAAAGAAGAUCAUGCUGCACCCUCCAUACGCACAGCCUUGUUUUUUAAGCUGGAAGCCCCAUUUGUUCCAUUCAUGAGGAUAGCAUAGGUUUCCUCUGACCCUACAGGUUUUCGAACUUAUAAUUGCAAACAGUAGUAAAAUGUGAAAGCCUCAUUAGCACCUCAUUCAUUCACCAGGGCAGUGAGGGCCCUUGGCCAUAAUUACCCUGGUGAGCAGAUUUGUUGGAGUCUGUUUGAAAGCAUUAUCCAUGAUGAUGUGACUCUGUGAUGUAAGCAUGGCUGGCAGAACUGUGCUCAAGUAGUUAUGCUUGCUUCUGGUACUGUGGGUCUGAGAAAGCUGGUGAGUGGCUGCCUGUAUAUGAAACAAGUGGAUGAGAUUGAAUGGAGGAGCUGUAAGUUCACUGAGCUUUUCUUUUUUCUCCUGCAGUGUGAGUUCAUGUAGUGACCAGCUGUGGUUGGCAGUUGUGUUGGCUGAUGGAAGCAGCCUCCAAACAAGGCUGAUUUAAUGGUGCUGGCCAGGGCCAAGCCCGCCCAUGAGGUGAGGUGAUGCAGCCGCCUUGGGUGGCAAAAGGCCUACCUGUUUGUGGCAAGAUCUCACUGAAAUUUUGUGAUAACUUGCUGGAAACCAGUGCCUCUGCCAGUGCUGCUUUUACACCAGUGCUGGGGUGGGUGGGGCACCCAUGGGGCCCCACCUCUUUGACUUUCCAGGUAAUUGUUCGCGCACAAGGUAUCUUUGGUCUGGUUGGCUUCUGCUCUGUCAUGCUGACAUAGCAGCUGAGAGCCCCAGCUUAAAUGUGAAGUUGAGUGGACGGGUAACAGUGCAUGCCACUUUUAAAUUGUGCCAAAGUGAUGGUUCCCUGGUCACAGGGUUAUAGUCCUGGGGCACUUGGAUUCACAAUUGUUUUUGGUUUGCCAUGUCAUGUAUAGAAAGCAUACAAAAAAACAAAACAGCAGUCUCCCAUUGGGGUGGAUGGGCACAUUUUAUUCAUGGUUCUAUUCGUGGUUUUAGCUUGGCGUAUGUACUGAUUUCAAAGGCCUCAUGAUCUGUUGCUUGUCUACAAAAAGCUAGGGGGGCCCUGAUGCUUAAAUAAGGCUCAUAUAGUCAGUUAAAGUGCAAACUGAAAUCAGAACUAUUAUUUAACCCAAAGCAGAGCUUUGUACUAACAAUUAACUGUUGGCAAAUUGCAGAAGUGUGUGUGUGUGUGUGUGUGUGUGUGUGUGUGUGUGUGUGUUAGAAUAUGAACUUCACCAGUUUGGAAAUCUCUGAGCCAUUUUGAGCUGACCCUUCCACCACUCUGAAUUUUAGCUUGAUUUCUAAAAGCUUAGCAUCAGUCCUUUACCAAUGCCAGUUUCCUCUUCUGCUAAUUUUUCUCCUUCUUACCCACUGUGCCCUGCCAUCCACCUUCCCAAACUUGAGGUUUGACUGCAACAAAUGGUUUCCAGACAUGUUUGGAGCCUUUAUUGCUAAUGGGAACAAGCAUUCAUUGCAAGCAGGAGCAAAUUAAAAUUUGCUAUUCUUCUCUACCAUAGGACUCCCUCCUCUGCCCCAGAGUGAUAAGUAUGGUGAGCGGAAGUAAUCUGGUAGUGGGGGGGGGGUUGGCUCUGGCAGAGGAGCUGUUCUGGGUGUUUCACCUAAUUUUAGAAUAGGUUUUUUGAGGGGAGGAGGAGUACCAAGGGCUACUUUAUUGUCUUUAUUGCACAUUGAUGAUUUCUGCUCUCGCUAUCAGGGUGGUCAUACCCAAACUUACUUUCAGUACUAUUUACAUCUGCAAAUGUUUUGGGGUAGUCAUUUCUAGUCAGGAUAUUUAUUUACUCUUCUGUAAUUUCCUGCUGAAAUCCCUUAACUUUUCAUACUACAAAUGUUCUGGUUGUUUGGGGUUUUUUUUUAUUUUGGGGGUUGCAUGUUGGUUUUGCGAUCAGUGAAAUUCACUUUCAACAAGCUUGGAGGGACCCCAAGUUUUCUCCAAGAAUGCUUGGACAGACUGAAACUAUGAAUCAGGCUGAGUGGAUCUUGCCCAUCACCAGAGAGCGCACCAAACUUUGUCAGACUUCACUUUACAUUUGUGUAUCGUUUCAAGAUGUGCUGAUACACUUUCUGCAACUUUACUGUAAGGAACUGGUCCCUUUUUGCCAGAGGUCUGCCACCAGGUACCUUUCACUUGUUACUAAGGCUUAAAGCCCUACUUAGAACACUGCCUUGCAGUUCACUUUGUUUCCAGCUACACCUGGAGCUAUUUUAUAAUUGCUUGAUUCUUUCCCCCAUAGCUACCUUCCUCGGCAGCCCUCACCAAAAAUAUAUUUAUGCAGUUGCCUAAAGUGACAUGCACUCUGUUAAGAUUCUGAUAAGGUGGCAAAAGCAAUAGUUGUAACUGUCCAUAGUAGUCUACCAACCUCCAGUCAUCACACUGCUUCCUUGGCUAUCCAGUAGUGGCAGAUGCGGGUGCAAAGCAAAGCCCUACAUCAUGUUACUGCAGGGAGGGAUGGAGCUCACCACGAGCAUGUUUUCAGCUGCAUCUUCAUGGCAAGAGUAACAUCUACACUGAUGGAGAUGGGUAGGAAGUUUCUAGAAUUCAAAGAAGAGGGAGCAGCAAGCUUGACCAUCCUUGCUGUUGCUUCUGUUGCCAUGGUGAUGAGUCCCAAGUACCAUAGGAUCUGAAUUCUAGCCUGAUGAACAUUCUGCUCUCCAUAUGGAUGAAGGCUUAUGGCUGGCAUCUCCCCUCCCUUUAAAAUCCAGCAGCUGCUUCUCUUUAAUACAGCUCUUUCUGUUUUGUAUGGGAGUCUUAGAUACAAGUCUGUGACCAGCUCUUUGUCUAAGAUCCCUGUGAGGUGGGGUCCAAGUCAACAGUCAGGCUAUAGAAGCAUGAGCAUGAGAGUUUACUUGGAGACGUGAUAUGUAUGCGUGUAAGAUGAACACGCACUCAGAGCAAAUGUGGCAUUAUUCACCAUGUCAUUUCAGGGCACCCGCAGAGACUGCAAACAAUAGUCAAGUGUCUUCCUUGUAAUACAGAACACUGGAUUGAUUUCAGCACCACACUCAGAAGCACUGUAUUCUCUCUCUCUCUCUCCCAACUGAGAUAAUUAAUGAAUUAAAAGAUUUAUCAAUAGAUUAAUCAACUAAAUUUUAGCUGAUUAAAUAGUAGGGGCUAAUUUUAAUCUGUGGGCUAAUUGUGUGUGCUUAGGAUUUUAGUGUUCUGGUGUGUUACUGAAAUAAGGAAUGGAAAAUAUGCUAGUCAUUUAUUUUUUAGUAUCCUGCCCAAGGCCACCUGAUGAGAAUAGGAAAACUGAUUUUAAUUAAGCACAAAGUAAUGCCAAAAGUGCUUUGAGCAAGAGCUCUCAUGAAGUUCUGUGGCUGGCAUAUUCACUGAAAAAUCUGGAGAUUUACAGUAGUACCUCAUGUUACGGAUGGGAUCCGUUCUGGAGGCCUGUCCGUAAUGUGAAAAGCCUGCAACUAGAAGCGCCGUGUCUGUGCAAGCACGCGACACAAUUUGGUGCUUCUGCGCAUGUGCGAGUGGCGAAACUCGGAAGUAACCCAUUCCGGUACUUCUGGGUUGUCGCAGGACGCAAGACGAAAACAUGCAACCUGAAGCGGACGCAACAUGAGGUAUGACUGUAUAUCAAAUGUAAAACACGCUUUUCACCUUUUAUUACAAACAACUCUUUCCAUUAUUUUCAGUGUGUCAUAAAAGAAACACCUACUACCAAAUUAUAUCACUUAGAAUAUUAGAACUCAGCAUAUGCUAGCAAAACAGUCCUGUCUCAGAAAACUGCUUGGAAGAUAUGGUUUAUUAUUAGGUAGUGAUUCAGUGCAUCACUGCGAUUCCAGUACAUAGUGGUCUACUUCAUAAAUAAAUCUAAUGCAUGGUUUAGCAUUACAAGAAUGGGCUGCUGCACCCACACAGAAGAAAUUGGAAACUUUUGCAGUUUAGCCAAAUUACUAACUGUAGUAAUCUUAAGUAUGGUUAUGGAAGCAAGCAAGCCUUGUAAACUGGUUUGAAGUUGGUUUGUUUCCACUAACCAUAGUUAAGACUUAUGAACUUUGGCCAGGUUCAGAGUUAAAACAAGCUGCUGUUAGUCUUUGAUGGAAACUUAAGUGGCUGUUCCUCCUAAAGCCAAGCCAUGGUUCUGCUGUAUGUGUCAACACAGUCAGUGAGAAAAUACAUAUUAAAUAGUUUUGGAGCAUAUGUAGUGAUCAGGUAUGUAGACUUCAGCUUACUUUUUGUUAAGGUUUCCUAAAUGUUGGAUGCACUCUAAAGUUUUUAUUAGUGGGUAAGUAGCUUUUACUUCUGGCCCUGUUUUACUGCCAUAGUAAACAAGUAAAGGAUAAUGUUAUAAAUCAUGAAUUGUAUUCAAACCACACAUAAAUGUUACGUUCUUACAAAGUACAUUGCAGUGUUAAACAUGGUCAUUGGCAUUGUGUUUAAUCACAAUUAAUUAGAGCAGUUAAAAUCAACCAAGCAAAAGACUAACUGAGGAAUUUACAGAAGCCAUAUAGCAGGAUCAGUGUUGUAAGGAACUAUAGGCAAGAGAGAUUAAGUCCUAUUGCAGGCUGUUGGGAAGAGAAAUGUCUGAUCUCAUUAAUACAAAGCAUAAGUUUUACCUUUUCUUUAAGAUUAACUGCAUUGCUCACAAAUACUAUAUAGUAGUUGGACUGCUUUGAGUUUUCCAUUCAUACAGGGAACCUGCCCCUCUCUAGUGGAACUUAAACUGAUCACAUUGAAUUAUGGGUGAGUAAUAAAACUAUAUAGUGACUAAAAGAAGGAUUUAAAAAUACUGCAGGAAAGAUGAAAGUGAUAAAUAGAAUAUAACAAAAUAAGAGUAAUUUAGCUAAAUGGUGAAAUUAAAUGUGUCUCCCUGUGAAUCUGCAUGACUUUAUACUUGAUAAAUUCUUGUAAGUAUGGAAAUGGAAUUGUUUUCAAAUAAAAUUAUAUAGAUAGCCAUACAUGAAUUAAUGAUACAUAAAUAAUCCUUCAAAUUGCUCACAAUAUGGAUAUAAAUAUAUUUUAUUUAAAAUUGUUUUGUGAUCCUUUAAAAACAAUGUUCAGGUUUGCAGAUAUAACAGUUACUAUUACAAACACUGAUAAUUUAAGAAUAGGUUCGACCAUGUGAUGGGGUCUAAAAACAUGUAUUAUUUAUUCUGAACUUGGUUUUGUUUGUAAAAAGUCAUGCUAACAUUCUCCUGAGUUCUCAGUCCACAUGUGUCAAAAUUAUACUCAAAGUUUUGAACAGAUUAUUCCUAAGGUGAUUAGUAUUCUUUAAAACAUCAUCAACAAUAAGAGACUUAUGGCACUGUAGUUUGCCUGCAUCAUUAAAAGAACGACAGCUGAAACAGUGCAAGGAAGAUAUGUGAAAGGGAAAACGUUAGCAUUUCUAACAUGGAUGCAGUUCUUUUUUUAAAACUGCCAUCUGGUGGUAUUUGUUGAUAGUUGCAGCAACCUGAAUGUGUGCAGUGUUAUGGGAACAGUUUGUCGAUGAAUAGUCAAGUUCCUGCUUCAUUAAUACCUGAAUGGGUGCUUUGGAUUGGAAAUUUAGAUGUGGGGGAAGGCUACUGUGGACUUUUUGUGAACAUAAAACACUGUGGCCUCUUGCCUCAGUAAUCCCUUAAUGAGAAAAAAUAUACUAUCUGUCUAUAAUCUCUGAGAAUUCUUGGAGAACAGGUGAGUUCCCUGCAGACUGGAGGCUGGCAAGUGUUGUCCUCAUCUACAAAAAGGGGGAGGGGGAGAAGACCCAGAUAACUACUGACCAGUGAGCUUGACACUGAAAUGUCCUAGAGCAGGUAAUUCAACAGUCGGUCUGUGAGCACUGAAAAAAAGGAUGCUGUGAUUACUAAGAACCAGCAUGGGUUUUUAAAAAAUAUGUCAGAUGAAUCUCAUUUCUUUUUUUGAUUGAAUUACAAACUUGGUGGGUCAGGGGAAUGCUAUGAACAUUGUGUAUCUUGACUUCAGUAAGGCUUUUGACAAAGUUCCCCAUGAUAUUCUUACAAGGAAGCUAGUAAAAUGUGGGUUGAAUGAGGUAACUGUUAAACUGUUAGGUGGAUUUGUAGCUGAUUGACUGACCAAACCCAAAGAGUACUCUUUAAUGGUUCCUCAUCAUCCUGGAAAAAAGUGGGGUGUCGCAGGGUUCUGUCCUUAGCUCAUUGUAGUUCAAUGUCUUUAUAAACAACUUGGAAGAAGGAAUUGAGGGGAUGACACCAAACUGGGAGGGGUAGCUAAUGCCACAGAAGACAGAACCAGAAUUCAAAAUCACCAUAACCUAUUAGAGAACCGGACACAAGCUAACAAAAUGAAUUUCAAUAGGGACAAAAGUAAGGUUCUGCAUUUAGGCAGGAAGAACCAGAUGUACAAAUAUAGCAUGGGGGACACCUGGCUCACUAGCAGUACAUGUGAAAAGGCUCUAGGGGUCAAGCUUAACAUGAGUCAACUGUGUGAUGCAGCAGCAAAAAAGCUAAUGCUAUUCUAGGUAGCAUCAACAGAAGUAUAGUGUCCAGAUCAAGGGAAGUAAUAGUACCACUCUGUUCUGCUUUGAUCAGACCACGUCUGGAAUACUGUGUCAAUACUGUGACCACAAUUUAAGAAGGAUGUUGACAAGCUGGAUCAUGUGCAGAGGAGGGCAACCAAGAUGAUUAAGGGUCUGGAAACUAAGCCGUGUGAGGAGCAUUUGAGGGAACAGGGUAUGUUUAGCCUGGAGAAGAGGAGAUAUGACAGCCAAAGGGCUGCCAUAUGGAAGAUGAAGAAAGUUUUCUCCUGCUCUUGAGGGUAAGUUACAGGAAAGGAGAUUCCAGCUAAACAUCAGGAGGAACUUUCUGACAGUAAGUGCUGUUCGACAGUGGAACGUAUUCUCUUGAGAGGUUGUGGACUCUCCUUCUUUGGAGGUUUCUAAGCAGAGGUUGGAUGGGCAUCUGUCAUGGAUGUUUUAGUUGAGAUUGCAACUCUGUCAUUCCAACUCUGAGAUUCAAUUAUCUGUCAUUCUUUGUGGGUAUUUGUCUUUCCCCUGCCCACCCUGGACUUCUUUGACCCUGUGCAUUUCCUUUGGUUUUCAAAUCUGUGCAGUUAAUGCAGCAACUCCUAGUCUUCAGCUAUACAUUUUUGUUUCUUGUAUUUUUCUAUUAUGUACCUCAGAAGACAAGCAUCUGAAUAGUUAACGCUGACAACAGAUUGUGAUUAUCACCAUAAACAUUAUGAAGGUGAUAUUCCAAUAUGAUUCUGUAUUUUAUUUUCAGCGUCUCAGCAGAGCCAUGCUGCUAUACCUGAUUCCCUUCCCAUUCAAUACCAAAGAGUGACCUCUGCAGUCCAGUUUUUAUUCUUUUAACUCUGCACAGUUCCCUUGGUAGUUUAUUGAGAUUCUGGAUUUAGUUGUUAAUUUUGUUUGCUGUAUCUCAAACUUGUGAAUCUUUCUGGCUUAGGUUGUUCUGCACAGGGGUUCUGACAGGGAGGUACAAUGCAGAACCAUGGACAGCUCCCAGUGACCAACCUGCUCUAACAGAGGCUGCAGGUGGACUGAAACCUAUUGUCUCCAGCCCACUCCUCCCAAACUCUGCCUUAGGGCUGGGUGAUAUAUCGUCCAAAACCUGUUUGAAGUCCAUAUCAUGAUAUUGGUAUCAUAAGUUUUGACCUGGCAAUGUAUUGUGAAUAUUGUGUGUGCGUGUGCUAUGCAAAAAUCACAAUGUGGGAAAAACUGUGAAGCCAGCCCAAUGCUUCUCUCAAUUCCUGCAGCCCCUGUUAACUCUGCUGGCUCAGUUCUGCCCUGCCUCAAACAGGGGGCAGUGAAUCAUAAGAGCAGAUGUGGCAAAAAUCAGGAUGCAGGAAAAACCAUGAAGCCAGUUAAUGCCUCUAUGUAGCUCCAUUCUCAUUUCAGUCACCGUGGGAUAUCAGCAUAUUGUGAUGUUUAGCUGGUGAUAUAUCACAAUAUUGAAAAUCAGUUAUUGCUCAUCCCUACUCUGCCUGCUUGCUCAAAGAAUGAAGAGUAUUAAAUGACCAGAUGCCUGGCCUGGAUAUGGCUGGCAUGCUUCCUGCGCAAGUUGGGCAAGCAUAGUAGUGUGCUUAAUGUUUUUAAUGUCUUCAUUUACUCAAAUCUGAUAGGUUGUUAAAUCUGGGGUUUAAUAAUAAUAAUAAUAAUAAUAAUAAUAAUAAUAAUAGUAAUACUAGAGGCCUGCAACCAAAGAUUUGUCUGGUUGCUUCAAAUCAGCAUGUGAAUGUCAGUCUUCCUUUCCCUCAGAGACUCUUCCUUCUAGCCUUCUCCUGCUCCCUUUAUUUGCAUGGAGCACUUCUUUCUUUAUCAGAUCCUUGUCCACAAUUUACCUUUAACACUCUUUGUUCCAAUACCCUCAUCAUCCUUUAAAAAAAAAAAAAAGCACCAGUGAAGGUUUGCUGCUGUUGACUCUACUACAACUACAUUCCAUACAGCAACCACACAUUCCAUUAGCAUGCUCUCUGAAGAAAGUACAGCAUUCUGCUAGGUACAAAAGUGUACAUGUUGAGUGCUUGGAAAAUGUUCUCCACAAAAAAAUAGUGCUGUCAUAAAGGAGUCUGUUUACAGCUUGUUCUGCAGGGAAUGGGGAACUGCCGGCCCAUGAUGCCCCUCCCAUAUGGCCUUCUGCUUCUACCAUCAUGCCCCUUCCUGCACAGCUUCCAUUUUGUGCCAAUGGAAGCCUUUUAAAUGCCUGGUUACUGUGCGAUAGAGUGAUGGGGAGGGGCAUUGAAGCUGAAGAGGGAAAGGUUAACCCCAUACCCUCCAACAUUUCUCUGAUGAAAAUAGGGGCAUCCUAAGCAAAACCAGGACAUUCCGGGAUCAAAUCAGAAACCAGGAUGGCUUCUUUAAAUCCAGAACUGUCCCUGGGAAAUAGGGACACUUGGAGGGUCUGCCAUACCCUAUGACAUUCACCAAUGAAAACAGGGAUAUCCUAAGGGAAAGCAGGACAUUCUGGGAUUAAAUCAGAAAUCAGGAUGGCUUCUGUAAAUCCAGGACUGUCCCUGGGAAAUAGGAACACGUGGAGGGUCUGUAACCCUCCAACCUCCCCAAUCACAGCCCCUGUGCAGCAGUUAACCUGCAAAUGCAGGUUGCAUCGGUGUCAGGCUAAUUGCUUUGCAGAUAGGAGAAGGAGGGAAGAAAGAGAGAAUUUGGGGCAGUGGUGUGGGGAGAGAAGGUGAGAAACAAAAGGGGAAAGGGAGAGAGAGAAAAAGAAGGAGGAAGAGGGAAUCAAAUUGAUGGAUGUGUGUUUGUGGUUGCAGGCCUAAGUCUUUCUCACUCCUGUUACUUAAGAACCUUUUGACGGGUUGCUGGGAAUGGAACCUGGUGCUUUCUGCCAUGCUCCAUCACUGAGCUAUUGCCUCCUCACAUGACAACUGUAGAAAAAAUGGGUAUCGAGGCCAACACUUGAAAUAAUUGAAAAUGCUUCAGGGCCCUGGCCAUUGUGUGUGACUUGGCAGGCCAAUAAAAAGUAUCGUUUUCUGCUGAGUUGAGAAUUUGUCUGUUUGACUUCAGUUGAACUGUGUGAGCAAGGUCAAAGGCCAUUAAAUAGAUCCCAUUUAAUUUCCGCCCCUCAACCCCUGUGAUAGCUCUGACAGAUUAUUAUUUUUCAGCAACGUAGGAGAUCAAACAAAGGCAUUCAAUAAAAAAAGGAGUGGGGCAACUCUCAUUAGUAUCAGCUUGGAAGUCAGUUAGGCCUUGUCUUAAUUGGCAGAAGCUGCAGGACAACUUCCCUUUCAACAGUGCAUUGAAUGCAAGCCGCGACUAUCUGCCCAGUGUUUGAGGCUCCUGCUGAUAUGCUAAAUAAGUACAGCUGUAUGGGGGAAGUGGUUCUAUUUCAGAAGUGUAUCAUCUCUGCUUUGCAUAAUUUUGCACAGUGAUUUUGUAUAAUUUUAAAAGCACAAAAACAUUUUGGACAGCACCUGUGGGAGAAUAAAAGCGGCCACACAGGCUGCUGCUGCUGCCAUACACACUACUUAUGAAUUCCCUUUCUGAAGCAAGCCUUUUAAUAAGGCUUCCCCUAUGGCUUUCAGAGGACCAUUACCUAGGAAGCCAAGUUGUAAAUAUAAUCCUGUCUGAACCUGUGACAGAGGUGUUCAAAGCAAUUUGAUCUCUCUGAUGUUUUGUAAAUGUUGGAGAUACUUUUUGCUUAAUAACUUUCAGUGCACGUGUAACUACUGAUAAUAUUUGCAUAUAAUAUCAGAACUUCCCUCCUUUCAGAUUAAAAGCCUUGAAUUUAUCUACCUUUGAAGCAAGCCAACUUGAAAACUCCACUGCACGUUACCAGGAAAGCAUGGCGGCCACAAGGAACCUGUUCUGCAGUUGUCAUGUUUAUGUGGGCACAACUUACACUGGUAGAUGGGAGGGGUGCUUAACCCUUUCCCCACUGCCACUUUCUCCUUGUACAUGCUUUCCUGCUGGACAGUUUUAAAUAGCUCCCCCCUCCCAAGUAGGCACUGAAGUCUGAAAUGAGUUCAUAGAAUCAUAGAAUUGUAGAGUUGGAAGGGACCAUGAGGACUAUCUAGUCCAACCCACCGCAAUGCAGGAAUCUUUUCCCCCAAUGCGAGGCUCAAACCCAUGACCCUGAGAUUAAGAGUUAUGCUUCGCCAACUGAACUAUCCAUCAUGCUACCCUUAACUUUCCUCUAAUCUGUCCCUGCAUUUCCAUUAUUUCUGGAAACACAGAGUUGGAGCCACAUACUUUAUUGAUGAUAUAGCAUUUAGUUUCAGGCACAUUAUUCUUAAAAUAUUAUUGCAUUCAUUUUAUAGAGGUGCUUUCUCGAUUCCGUUGUAGUUUCAGGUCAAAUGUUAUGUGUUAAGGGGACAGUAGUUUCCCCUCUUAAUAUAGCCAACUUGCUUCCCGUUACUUUACUUUCCUACUCCCUUGACCUGGAGCGUUUAACCUGUGAUUAGAUGCCUGCUGGCACUAUUGCUUCCUGAUCAAAUAAAGGCAUCAGCUAUUUGUUUGCAGAUGUGGCCUAUUGCCAGCAUUCUUGUGCUGUGCUGCAGACCAAGGGAAAAGGGUGUUCCCAGUAAUACUGACAACCAAUAUCUAUGGAACUAAUGAAAGAAAAGGAAUACAGCUGCGAAAAAUUGGAAGGCGUAGCAGAGGCCUUUCUUUCCACAGUUGCCAAAUGCCAUUCUCUCUCUCUCUCUCUCUCUGGCUUUUUAAUGUUUUACGCAUAGGUUGUAUCACGUUCGAGCAACUGGAAACGCUUUCCCCAUUAUAUUCUAUCAAGUGAUUUCCUUUUAAAGCUGCUUGUGAAGAGUAGGAGGUGAACAAAGGAGGAGGGAAUCAAGGAAUUAUAUAGUCAUAGUUUUCUGACACAGUCUUGGAAAGUAUGGCCCUCAUUUUCAGCAAAAAUAAGUGAAUUCAUUUUUGUAGGUAUAACCUGUUGAUUCUUACCACCAGCAAUAUUUAAAGCUGCGUAUCUUAUUAUUUUAGACAUUGCAGUUAAUUCUGCAUCAUACUUGAGAACCUGCCACGAGAGGGCAGAAGCUGAAUGGGCUUUGUAGUUCAGCUAAUGCAUAAUGCUACUUUAUGUGAAGGCUGGCACCAAAUGAUUCAGUGGAGCACCCUAGAAAAUGAAGCACAACUUCAACAGAUUUUGUAUGGGGAUGCUUUGUAAAUCUGGGGACUGUCCCCGGGAAACAGGGACGUCUGGUAACCAAACUCUGGUGAGCAUUCCACAACUAGGGAGCCACUGCAAAAAAGGGCCUGUUGUCAUGUUGUCACCCUCUGGACCUCUCGUGGAGGAGGCACACAAAGAAAGGCCUCAGAAGAUUAUUGUGGGGUCCAGGUUGGUUCAUAUGGGGAGAGGUGGUCCUAGGGGUAUCACGGUCCUAAACCAUUUAGGGCUUUAUAAGUCAAAAUCAGCACUUUGAAGCUGGCCCAGGAACUAAUUGGAUGCCACUGCAGUUGGAGCAGGAUCUAUGCAAUAUGCUUAAACCGUCCUGCCCUAGUGAGCAACCUGGCCACCAAAUUCUGCACCAGCUAACAUUUACAAACUGUCUUCAGAGGCAGCCUCAUGUAUAACGUGUUGCAGUAAUCUAACCUAGAGGUUACCAGAGAAUAGACAACAGAAGUUAGGCUAUCCCUGUCCAGAUAGGGGCUUAGCUGGGUCACCAGCCAAAGCUGAUGGAAGGCACUCUGUGCCACUGAAGCCACCUGUGCCUCAAGCGACAGUAAAGGAUCCAGAAGUGUCCCCCAAGCUACAUACCUGCUCCUUCAGAGGGAGUGUAACCCCACCAAGAGCAGGCCACCUCUGGUCCAUCUGGUUUGGGGAAGCACACAGACACACAGUGCCAUAGUUUUAUCUGGAUUUAGAGAUAGCUUAAACGACUUGCUCUUGCUGUUAUAUGCCCUUUUAAAAUCAGAGCUAGUAUGGGAGAGUAGUAGAGUGAGGCCACUCAGGUUCACAUCCCUGCUUGUCCAAGGUCAGAUACUGAGUUUUGCUGAAUGGCCACCUCUCAGCCUAACCUACUGCAGUGUGCUGCUGAAUCACUCGCACUACUGAAAUGACGCAGUGUGUGUGUGGUGAAUAUAUUAUCUGUCUGGUUUUGCCCCUGAAAUGCAGCAUGAAGCGAUUUGAUAAGGUACCUUGUGAUAAAUCAGAGAAAGAAAGUUGAGAUCCUGUUCAUGCCCCAAAAGUCUCUUUAGUAGGGAUGGGGGAGAAAUUUGGUUCUGUUAGAAUCUGAAGGUAAAUUUACCUAAUUCACACUUCCUGAAACAAUAUGCAAACCAAAACACAGUCAUCCAUUGAAAUGUACAACUCUGAGAAUUUGGAAAUGCAGUUCUCCAACCAAGGGGUUGCCAGCAAGUCAGAUCCUUAUGUUACCAUUUCACUUAUCAGAGCUCUUAUAUGUUCUUCAUAAUUAUAGUAUCUAUUAAAAGGUAAACACUGAAUGAAGAUGCCAAAAUCACUAGUGUCACUGCAAAUCUAUAAAAUACUCCUGAAUAGAAUAUUUUACACUGGAAUGAGGUUUUAGAUAUGUAACACUGUAGUCCUAUUUAGACUCAACUGAGAAUGUGCCAUUGAAGACUUACUUUGAAAUAAGCAUGUAUAUGGCAGGAUUGCACUGUUAGAUGUGAUCCAAGAUAUAUAUUUUUAAUGUAUUUAAAUUUCAUUGAUUUUAGAGUCCUUACUUCCAAGCAAUGUGCUUGGGUAGUGGGAGGUGGAUCACCUGACGUUGAUUUCAUAUCAGAGGAGUUUGCAACAAUAUAAAGUGAUCAACUGUUAUACGUUCUGCACAAGGCAGGGUAAAUAAAACAAGAGAAUGACAUUGAAAUAAAAAUUAAAAAUCACAAGUUAAAAUGGCUCCCGAUUAUGUUUUUCGAAACUUAUUGUUACAUAAACAGUGACAUACACUGUAAUACCUGCUUUUCAUACCAAAAUAAAACAUCUCGAAACUCAGUUUUUGAAGUCUAUGAAUGAACCAACUAAUUACUUCCGUGCCCAAUUACAUGCAUGUUAUGAUUCAUUUUUAUUUACUGCAAAUUGCCCUUGACUCACCCCAUCAAGGAGAUUUUAGAAUUUAAACCUACAUUGUCAUGGCAAGACGCCUUGUCCAAAGUAGAAAUAAAUUGGCAAACGUGUACUGUCCUGACACAUGUCCUUAUCAACCUGCAGGAUCAGAGAGUGAGCAGAAAUGCUUGCAGCCCUGUGCUUUAUAUUAUAAGCCAUUAACUUUGUGUGUUGCAGAAGAAAUGCUGAUUAAAAUGUAGCGAAGAAGAUGAGCCUUGUUAGCAGAGCAAAUGCAGUGAAUAUGACAAAUGGAUGCCAAAAGAAGUGCAUUGAAAUGAGGCUGAGCCAGAUUUAUUGGGUGGCUGCCCCACGGCAAUCAGCCGCUCCGUCUUAGUUUAACACUAGGGUAGUCAUCAUAACCUCUUUUUGAUUUAUGGCCAUCUUGCACAUCCUGAUUGAGAUGCUGGACUGUUGUUAGCCCACGGCUGCCCCUUUCUGCAGCCAGCAUGACACUGCCCCAGGCCAGUGAAGCUUUGCUCAUCUGCUUGUUGCUCUUAUCCCACACUCCCCGGUCUGAGAUCAUUUGUUCAUUAUGUUGCUGAGUCCUCAGCUCUGGCCUUCCCUUUGUCAGGUGCAAGGAAUGUGCACAAAACCUCAAGCUGCAAGUAUACAAGGCUUCAUUAAAAUUCCUUUCAGCCCACCGAAACACCAUUAAAGCAUAUGCCCACUGCAUAAAAUUUCAUUUGAAACACAUGGUCUCUGCCUGAAUAAGUGGAAAGUCUUUAUUGGUACUUGUGAAGUCAUUACCAGUGAUGCCGUUGUUUAACAGGAAGGUGAUAGAUGCCUCCCUCCAGCACAUGCUGAGUGCAGUCCUGAGAAAAUAUGCUGGCUGUUCUGCACUAUGCUGAUUCCACUAGUCCUUCAGGAGCAGCGGAUUACCAUGAUCCCCGUUUGGAUUGCAGUAAUCAGUGCUCCUGUCCAGAGAGCUGGAUUGCAAAACAUGGCACCUGGAUAUGCCACAGAUGUAUACCCUUCAUGUUUCAUUUGGGUGGAAGAGAGAUUUAUUUCUAUGCUACCUUUCUGAACUUCUAAUCAUAAGCAAACAAGACAAGUCGGACCGGCAACAAAACGUCGCAGUAUGGAACACUCCCAGCCAUCAAGCUAUGCUGCCUUCCAGGAUACUCUAUUCCAUGCAUCCCCAAACUUGGCCCUCCAGCUGUUUUGGAACUACAAUUCUCAUCAUCCCUGAUCACUGGUCCUGUUAGCUAGGAAUGAUGGGAGUUGUAGUCCCAAAACAGCUGGAGGGCCAAGUUUGGGGAUGCCUGCUCUAUUCCAUUCCCACUUAGCAUACUGAAUGCUCACUGGGCUGUUUCUCUCUCCCCCACACCAUUUUUAGGAGGGUCCGCCCCCCAAAGCUUUUUUCGUACACUUGCAAACCUUACCCACCCCCUCAAGAUGUCCUAUACUGUACUUCCCUCUUGUGAGAUGAUGGUGACAUUUUGGCUACAUGAGGACCAGCAAUUGGAGAAUUGAGUUCACCAUUAGUAUAUAAUACUCUCAUUGGCAAUUCCUCUCUUUCGGUCCUCUCCAAUGAUGUGUAUCAAUGGAGAGAUAUCUUUCCAGACCAUACUGAGCUGGACUUUUUUUGUUGAUUGCUCUGUGCUUCCUUGUUUUUUCUCUUUUCACUUGGAUACAAUUAAAUGCUCCCUCUAGAGGGUAUAAAGAGAAACUGUUACAGUGAAAAAGAAACAGUGGGAUUUUCCACUUGCAAGUUUUUCCUGUGAGAACGACCUUGAGGAUAUGAGUGGCCCAGCAGAAGAGAUAACAACUAGAUCCAAAGCAAAACAGACACAAAAGAAAAGGGGCUCAAUACCCGGCAUACCACCAGCUGCACAGGAAAAAGUGGCAACAGCAUCUAUGGAUUCAAUGACACAGGCACUGCUCAAAAUAAACCAAUCUUUAGAAGCACUGACAAAGCUAUCUACGGAAAAUUCAAAAAAAUUGACAGAACUGACAGCAAGAUUGGACUUGAAUACUGCAAGUGUAACAUCUAAUACAGAAUCUAUUAAUAAACUAAUUCAAGAAAGUUCUGAAACACGAAAGAUUGCUGAAAGUGCAAAAAUACUGCGGAGGAGACAAGGCAGGAGCUUGUGCCGAUUACAAAAAAAGUGAAUGAACAUGAUGCAGCUCUAUCUUUGUUGGAACUACAGAGAAAAGAGAGAAAUUUGAAACUGAGAUUGGUUCCCGAGAGUGAGGGAGACAGCCUUGUGGAUUUUCUUACACAGAACUUUAUGGAAUUCUGGCAAGAGGAGCUGCAGGAAGAAGAACUUGAAAUAACAACAGCUUUCCGGCUCGGCAGGAGGCAGGGUAAGAAGCCAAGGGAUUGUUUGAUCACAUUGAGAUCCAAAGGAGAAAGAGAUAAGAUAUUGAAUUUGCAUUAUCAAAAGGCAUUAGAGAUUGAAAAUAGUCAAGUACAAAUUUUUAAAGAUAUCCCUAAAUAUAUUUUGGAGGUGAGAGCCUUCUAUAAAGAUUUGGUCUACCUGCUGAAGAAAAAUAUCAUACCCUUCAGGUGGGAGUUUCCACAAGGAUUGUCUUUUACUUUCAAAGGAAGGAAGGUUAAAAUAAGAACAGUUCAAGAUAAAGAACAGUUUCUGGAGAGAUAUCAGGAGGACUUGCAGAAAGGAACAGUAGAAACAACAAUACAAGAAAAAGGAGUGACAGACAUUGCAAACUUGUCAUUUGGACUCAUACCAUCAUCUGAAGAGGAACAAAAGCUAGGAGCAGUCGGAGGAACAGGUACUUAAUAACAAAAUGUCUCUGCAACUUCUUAGCUGGAACUGUAAUGGUUUGAACCUUCCCCGAAAAAGACGCCAAGUUUUUCAUACUUUGAAAAGAGAACAAUUAGAUCUAAUAUGCCUACAAGAGACUCAUGUGACCAGGACACAUCGGAAAUUAUUGGCAAAUAAGAGACUUGGACAAGAAUUUAUUUCAUCAGAUAAAGUUAAGAAAAGAGGCGUGGUGAUCUAUGCAAAAGAAAAAUUGGCUCCAAAGAUGAUAUUCAAAGAUGAACAAGGAAGAUACCUGGCAAUUGAAAUACAAGUUCAAGGAGAAAAAUUUUGAUAGUUGGAAUCUAUGCACCAAAUGAUGGGAAGGCGGAAUUCUUUAAGAAGUUGCAUGAGACUUUAAUGGACUAUUUAGACUACAGAAUUAUAAUGAUGGGAGACAUGAAUGGUGUAGUUUCCACAAAUAUGGACAAAGCACAGAGACAAGUAAUUUCCAAGGAAGGGAGACUACCAAAGACUUUUUUUGAAAUGACUGAAACUAUGGACUUGAUUGACAUUUGGAGAACAAGGAACCCUCUUGAGAGAGAGGGAACUUUUUCUCUGAAGCAAAAAUGACAUGGACAAGAAUUGACCAAAUUUGGGUAACUAGCAGUAUGGCGCCAAGGAUUAAAAAGGUAGAAAUCUGCUCAAAGACUUGCUCCGACCAUAAUGCUGUAAAGAUGGAGAUGAAACUUACAACAACUGGAUCCUUCAGAUGGAGAAUGAAUGACACCCUAUUCAGAGAUGAAGAGAUUUAUAAGAAGGCCCAAAAAACAGUGAAAGAUUAUUUUGAGAUAAAUUUGAGAACAGAAGUGGAAAAAAGAAUAAUUUGGGACGCAAGUAAGGCCGUGAUGCGAGGUUUCCUAAUACAACAGAACUCCAUAAAAAGGAAAAAUCAAAAUGAAAGGAAAGAAAAAAUUUUGGAAAAAAUAAAAGAAGGUGAAAAGAAAUUGAGGUCUAAACCAAAGUCUCAUGAGAUUCUGAAAGAAAUAAAGUACUAUCAGGUGCAAUAUAUGGAAUUGAUGAAUCAAGAGAUAGAAUGGAAAAUAAAGCAAAUGAGACAAAAGACAUUUGAAUCAGCAGAUAAAUGUGGGAAAUUUCUGUCAUGGCAAUUGAAAAAGAGGCAAAAAUUGAACACUGUGACAAGUUUAGAAGUGGACGGAAAGAUUAUCCACAAACCAAAUGAGAUAAGUAAUUGUUUUCAAGGUUAUUUCAGGAAAUUAUAUGCACAAGGGCCAGUUAAUGAACAGGAAAUAGAAGAAUUUGUUAAGAAACAUGGAUUACCAAAAAUUUCAGAGCAAAGCAGAAGGAUUUUGAAUGAUAAAAUAACAGGACAAGAAAUAGAGGGUGCCAUUCAGAAGAUGCAAUUGGGAAAAGCUCCAGGACCAGAUGGUUUGACCGCCAGAUACUAUAAAGUGUUGAGGGAAUGGUUAGUACAACCACUGAAGGAAGUAUGUAACGAAAUUUUGGAGGGAAAAAGGCACCAGAGUCGUGGAAAGAAGCUUUUAUCUCACUUAUACCGAAAACUGAGACUGAAAAGAACCAGGUUAAAAACUACCGCCCUAUAUCAUUACUUAAUGUGGAUUACAAAAUUUUUGCGGACAUUAUGGCAAAAAGACUGAAGAGAGUGUUGGUAGGGGAGAUUCAUAAAGACCAAACUGGCUUUCUUCCAGGGAGAUAUAUGUCGGACAAUGUGAGGAACAUUAUAGACAUUUUGGAACUGUUAGAAGUGGACAUUAAUAGGAAGGCUGUUUUAAUUUUUGUGGACGCGGAGAAAGCCUUUGACAAUAUUGGAUGGAGUUUUAUGAAGAAGAAUCUCCAAGGGAUGGGGGUAGGUCAAGGGUUUGAAAAUGGUAUAGGUGCAAUAUACUCUAAACAAAAAGCAAAGUUAAUUGUAAACAAUGUGGUAACGGAAGAAAUACCUAUAGAAAAAGGUACACGACAGGGGUGCCCAAUAUCCCCUCUAUUGUUUAUAUUAGUCCUGGAGGUUUUGUUAAAUAUGAUUAGAGGAGACCAGUUGGUUAAAGGAGUACAAGUCGGAGCCAAACAGUACAAGUUAAGGGCAUUUGCAGAUGACCUAGUAUUGACCUUGCAACAGCCAGAUACUAGUACUAAAAGAGUAUUAGAACUAAUUGAGAUAUUUGGUCAAGUAGCAGGAUUUAAACUGAACAAACAGAAAACGAAAGUGUUGGAUAAAAAUUUAACAUUGGCCGAAAAGAGAAGUUUCAGAAUGAAACAGGACUAGUGAUAACGAAAAAGUAAAGUACCUGGGGGUAAACUUAACAUCUAAGAAUGUGAAUUUAUUUAAGGACAAUUAUGAUAAAUGUUGGACAGAGGUAAAGAAGGAUCUAGAAAUAUGGUCAAGGUUGAAACUUUCUUUGUUAGGCCGAAUUGCUGUUAUCAAGAUGAAUGUAUUGCCUAGAAUGUUGUUUUUAUUUCAGACAUUGCAGAUUUUGGACAAGAUGGACUGUUUCAAGAAGUGGCAGAAAGAUAUAUCUAAAUUUGUCUGGCAGGGCAAAAAGCCCAGAAUAAAAUUUAAGAAUCUAACUGAUGCUAAAGAUAGAGGGGGGUUUGCCCUGCCGGACUUAAGACUCUACUAUGAAUCGGCGGCUUUCUGCUGGUUGAAACAGUGGCUACUUCUUGAGAAUACAGAUAUCUUGGAUCUAGAAGGGUUUGAUAAUAGAUUUGGUUGGCAUGCAUAUAUAUGGUAUGAUAAGGUAAAACAGCAUAAAGGUUUCAAAAACCAUAUUGUUAGGAAAGCAUUAUACAAUGUUUGGAUGCGGUAUAAAGAUCUAUUGGAAAGUAAAACUCCCAGGUGGUUGUCACCAAUGGAAGCUAAAGAGGUGAAAAAACUUAAUAUGGAGUCUAAAUGGCCAAAAUAUUGUGAAAUUUUAGAACAAGAUGGGGAAAAAGUUAAAUUACAGAGCUAUGAGAAAUUAAAGUCCAAAGUGCGAGAUUGGUUGCACUACCUUCAGAUAAACGAGACAUUUAAACAGGACAGGAAAAUAGGUUUCCAGAUGGAGAGGUCAAAAUUGGAAACAGAACUGUUAGAACCCAAUACUAAGAAUCUGUCGAGAAUGUAUAAUCUGCUGUUGAAAUGGAAUACACAGGAUGAAACGGUGAAAUCAGCUAUGAUAAAAUGGGCACAAGAUAUCGGUCAUAACAUUAUGUUUGCUGACUGGGAACAGUUGUGGACCACCGGUAUUAAAUUUACGGCAUGUAAUGCCUUAAGAGAAAACAUUAUGAAAAUGAUGUAUAGGUGGUACAUGACCCCAGUCAAGCUUGCAAAAAUUUACCAUCUGCCCAAUAACAAAUGUUGGAAAUGUAAUGAGACUGAAGGUACUUUUUAUCACCUUUGGUGGACCUGCCCGAGGAUAAAAGCUUUUGGGAAAUGAUCUAUAAUGAAAUUAAGAAGGUUCUUAAAUGGACCUUCCCUAAAAAACCAGAGGCUUUUCUCUUGGGCAUUGUCGGCCAAUUGGUGAGAAGGAAGGACAGGACGUUUUUAUGUAUGCGACAACAGCAGCAAGGAUUCUUCUAGCAAAGUAUUGGAAGACACAACAACUACCCACACUGGAAGAAUGGCAGACGAAGGUGAUUGACUAUAUGGGACUGGCCGAAUUGACUGGCAGAAUCCGUGACCAGGGGAAAGAGACAGUGGAAGAAGAUUGGAAGAAAUUUAAAGUUUAUCUUAGAACUUGUUGUAAAAUUCAGGAAUGUUAAAAUGUCAAGGGGUUGGGAAACAGAGAACUGCAGCUGUAAUUAAUAAUAUUAGAAGAACUUAAAAGAAAUUGAAUUGAAUAAUUAGUUGAUUGAGGAGUUGCUGAAGAAAUAUAAAACAAGGAUGCAGAAAAGGGGAGGUAUGGGGAAGUCCGGAAAGUAAGGUUUAUGAAAAAUGGCUAUGAAAUUAUACAUGUUUAUAUGUUUGUAUGUCGGUGUUUUGUGUAUUGUUUGCUUUCUUAUCUUAUGUUUGGAAAAUUAAUAAAAAUUUAUUAAAAAAAAAAAAACAAAACAAAAAAAAAAACAUACUGAGCUGGCAGAGUCUUGCGCUUCUGUUUACCUGUAUAAUCAGAAGUGAUGCCUGAGGCAUCAUAUGAACUGAAUGUAUCUCAAGAGAAGUAAUUGUACCAAGGAGAAAUUCUGUAUGAAACCCCUCUUUUUUACUUUUGAAAACUGCACUCAGUAUACUAUUGAUACAACAUAAUGUGGAGGGAAGGGGUGAAUGUUGCGUUAUAAAAUUUUAAAAAAUCUGAUAUAUGGUGUAAUUUAACGGUAGCAAAAAACAGAACCUUUUAUUUAUUUGCAAAAACCAAACCAAACCAAACCAAACCAAACCAAACCACUUAACCCCUCAUAGAAUCAUAGAACUGUAGAGUUAGAAGGGACCCUGAGGAUCAUCUAGUCCAACCUCCUGCAAUGCAGGCAUAUGCAGCUGUCCCAUACGAGGAUCAAGCCUGCAACCUUGGUUCAUAUGGCUUACCGUUAUUCAGUCUUCAGGUAUGGGGAAAUUAGCCUAAGCCUAAAGAAGAAAACCCUGAACAGCAUGUCUGUGAUCUUGCCAUACUGGUAGUUACCCAGAAUUGUACAGUAUGAUCGCAACUUAGACGUGCGAUUUCAACACACGUUGAAAGUACAAAAUCUCUCUGCCUUGCUUGGGGGGCAAGGCCCGCUCAUCACACAGCUCUGGAAAUGUAAGGAUGCUCACGUGGCGACCUUCCAAGGCGGUGGCAUGAAUAUACCCGUUUUUGCAUAUACGGUACCCGUUGCCACCCCCGGAACGUAAGCUCCACCCAAGAUGCAGCCGUACAGUAAUGUCCAAUGAAAGGCAUUGAAUCCCCUAGUGGUCAUAUUGUUUCUAUUUUUCCUAAAUAAAAAUGCAUUUCAUAACAUAAAUAUUUAAAAGAAAUAAUCUACACAGCGGAAAAGGUUUUAAAACAAACGCUUUUCCUGCCACCCUGAAAUUAGUUUCACGGUUUUAAUUUUCAGGCAACAUGUCAUGUUCAAAUUAUACAUGUUUUUGGAACGUUAAAAUUAAGUACACAUAUUAUCAAGGUUCAGUUACCAAGCAGCUCACAGAUUAUUGUACCAUCCAAAUAAUUACAUUUUGGGCAAGUAAGAACCAGUAUUGGCUUUACCCUCAGUAUUCACCAGCAUUUUAGUCAUAUAGGAGAAUAUUUUUUUCAAAAAAAAAGUUGAACCAGGAAGGAUUUACAGGAUAAUGAAAAGACAAGAUUCAAGUUAAAAUGAUUUAUACUUGGAUAUCUGUUUUCCAUCACAUGGUGUAGAUACGUACACGCACCAGUCUGCUUUGUUCUGUUGAGCAUGGCACAUGGAUCAGUUUGGAAGCAAAAUUAGACUUGACGCCAUGAUUGAGAUCAGGCUAAAGUAAUCAAGUCAAUGUCUCCUAUGUCAAGAGGGCCUCUUUCCUAGCAUCUGUUGAUGGGGGAAUAGAGAUGAAGAAGGUUGAGGGGAAAGCUCAGUCAUUAACCUUGCCAGAAUCAAGGUCUGCUGAUAGGGUUGCUCUCUAUUUUAAGCACAAGGAUCAGAAAUAUCCUGUCUCCUGUGCUCUCCCUGACCACUACAUCUCCCCCUCGUAAAAAUAAACUUGGUGGAUCUGGGAACAAGAUGGAACAAGAUGGAGAGAGGAGCCCUUAAGAAUGUGAUUACAGAAUUGUUAUUUGAGUAUAAAUGGGAAGAAGACUGCAACACUUUUUUUACACUGAAUUAAAUAGUCACUGAACAGUUUGAAACAUUUUCAUUGUCUUGGACUGAAGAACUGGUAUUCUUUGCUUCUUCCUCUGGUGGCAACAUUAGUUCUUCGCUUUCCCUCACAAUUAUGAAAUGUCUUUUUUACAUUUAAAUAAGUAAAGGCUUGUUAAGAACUAAUAAACAAGUUCUUUAGAAUCAGUAUAUUGCUGGUUGUCGUCUGUUAUGUGGUCUUUAUUUCCUUAAAAUAUUUUAUUCUACAGCGCCUUUAUUUUUCCAAACCAAGGAUGCAGUGAGACCGAGCAUUUUUAAAUGGGUAGUAAUAAGUGGCUUCUGAGAAAAGGAGUGUGGGAAGCUGUUUCCUUAGCAUGUUUUAAAAGUACUUGAUGAAUGCAUGUUUUACAUGUUACCAUGUUAUUUAUUUACUUUAGUCUGUUCUUAAAAAUAUACACUUAACUGGACUUGCCAACCUUAAGUUCUGCACCCCAAAACGAUGCAAAUAUCUAUUUUGCCUGUGCAACCUGGGUUCCAAACAUGUUAAUGCAGAGGGGGGAAAGACGUUUUUUGCAGAUUUCAGAUAUAACACCUGUGAGAAGUGGUCCGUAUUCACAUGCACAAAUGGCACAGCUUACUGUGUCCACUAGAUGUCAGCAAAGAACACAUAUGUGCCUCUGGAUUACAGCAUCCAUCUCUGCACCAGCAGGAAUACAAAGCACGCAGUAUUUCAGUGUCAAUGCUGUAACGGUUGACAUGAACAAUGGCGUUGUGCUCAGGCUAUGUGGAUAAUAUGUGGCAUAGAAACAAAUCUUCCUGGAUUUUGAGAGCCCUACAGCUUCUUUCCCACACUUCUAAAUAAAGGUCCAAAGAUUGAGCUUCUGAUCUUGUAGGUUAGGAGAUCAAGAUACUUGAAAUUUAAACAGGCAUUGUUUAAUAUCAGCCCCCAUUGUGAAUGUAAAACUCAUUUUGGAUUAAAUGCAUCUUUUGAGUUUUCUUCUGAAUUGUAUCUCACAUCAGCAGCAUUUCUACAUGGCAGAGAAAGCAUAAGAAAAGAUAGGUCAAAAGAAUUUGGUGCAAGGCCCCGUUAAGUACACUGGAUGCUUUGUUCCCUAAAAUGGCAUGAGUGGGUUGCUGGUUAUUUGCUAUGGAACUUUGGCUUUUGGUUCUGCUUGCCACAGACCUCAAAUCGGAGAAGGAAUAUUUUGUAUUCUAAGCUUCUGUGGAACUAAUAAAAACCUAUUUUUGUAUAUAUAAAAAAAUUGUUGCUGCAACAGCAGUUCUGCUACACUUAAAAGUGUCUGUGUGUUCAGUAUUACCAUAUUUUGAUCCUUAUAAACUCUGACCUUGACUUUCUGCUUCUUACUUUCCAGAUAACUGGUGUUAUCCUUCUCGCUGUUGGUGUCUGGGGGAAGCUGACUUUAGGCACAUAUAUCUCUCUCAUUGCGGAAAACUCCACUAAUGCCCCUUAUGUCCUCAUUGGGACGGGUACCACGAUUAUCGUCUUUGGCUUGUUUGGCUGCUUUGCCACAUGUCGUGGCAGCCCAUGGAUGCUGAAGCUGGUGAGUAUCCAGCCAAAUAACUUGGUGCUGCUGGAGUGCUAGAAAUUGGUAAAGUGGCCAUUUUCUCUUGUUACGUGUAAACAGAUGCCAAGCAGGUUUCAGCCACACACGGGCACACACAGAGCAAGGGAGUAUAAUUACUAAAAAGAGAUCCAUAUGGGAAAUCUGUCGCUCCUGGUAUGACGUCUUGGGAGUGACAUACAGGAAUAAUCCCAUAAUUUAGAGUUGAGCCACACAUUCAAAACAACAGCACCAUGUGCCACAGUCCUUUGGAACGUCAGAAUUUAAGUGUGAGGUUUCGUGUUUAAAUUUUCUGCAAUGCAAGAAAAACUUUUGCCUCUGGAAAGGCAGAGUAUUAGAAAAGGACUCUAAACCUAGUCAGGUUCCUGACUGGCUGGUUUCUUUGCAGGAGAUAUUUUAAUGUUAUCGGCACUGAAAUAAGUAAUCCCCAGCUGUCACCCUCCUAAAUCAAGUAAAUAAAUAGAAAUACGUAACUAACUGACCAAUUGUAUCACAGAUAACUUGCUUCUGCCCCCAACAUAAUACCUGCCCCCCCUAAAAUAAUGAUGUCGUCAAUUGUGGAUGAAUACUAUCCCAAAGUUUUUCCAAAUUUGAAUUUUAAAUGAGCUAUGAGUGGAGUUGGAAGAAACAACUGUGUUGAACAAGCACAUAGUUUUAAACAAUGCCAAAAGUGCCUUGAGCCCCACAAUAUUUUCGUGCAUAUAUAAAUGAAGUUAAUGUGAACUAGAAGAAAGCAGAAGAGAUUUUUUUAAAAAAAUAGAAUAUUCUCUUUCACCUAGAUAUUCAAGUAUAGACUAGGGAAAUGCCAUGUGUGCAAAUGACAAUAAGAUAGCUAUGAUGAGGGGGAAACGACAAGCACACUCAAAUGUGUGUCCUUGGGUUAACUUGGAUUUAUGCUAAUUCAUAAGCCUUUUGGCUGCAGUCCGGAGGUCCACAUGGAAAGGAUCAAUAGGCACAUCCUGGUGGGUUUUGCAGAGCUUCCCUGGCAGCAGCUCCCAGCUAGCUUGCUUGAGCAAGCAGAGUAUCAAACUACCCGUGAGCCAGCUGGCAGCUGCUGCCUGGGGAAGCUCUCGGCAGAAAGCCCUGAGCGUGCACACAUCACGUUUCUGUGGGGCCCAGGAGAUUUCUGCCACCGUGUCAAAGCAAGCCCCAUUGAUCUAGUGGAAUUUGUUUCUGUUCUUGAGCUCCUGGUUUAAUUGUGCUUUUUAAAGUCCUUCCUAAAGACCUACCUUGUGUUUUGAAUGCCAUUGAAUUAGAGAUGGUGGAGAAAUUCAGUUUGUCUGCAUUUUCAUGCAUGUGACUCCCCCUCCUACCUAAUUCAUACCUCCUGUGGGGACCAGAACGCAGCGACCCUUCAGAAUGUGUGCCAAAUUUUGCAUUUCUCAAACCAAAAAAGUGUGUCCAAAGAUAUGUAUGUUAGAGGGGCAGUGGGAACAAAAAUGCAUAUGUUAGUAAAAUUUACAUACAAAAGCAUUAUACUAGGGAAAGUUGCUUGCAAAAAAUAUGUGCGUUAGGAUAAAUGUGUACUAAAAUGCUGAUGAAUUUUCAUGAGGACUUAAAAAAAUUGCAUCCUACCUAAGUAAUGAUUUUGAGUGGUGCCUAAGCUGAAUCAUGCCCUUCUCAAGGGCUUUCUGAAAUGAGGAAUGUGUAGAUCCUAACUGUGCUGAGUGCAGUUGAUGAGUAGCACAGAGUUCAGCAAGAUCCAUCUCGGCAUGAAAUCAUCCCAAUUCCUUUGAUUUAGAACCCACUACAUCCCUCUACACUUUUCUGUUUUAAACUAUUGUCAUCCUGCCUUAUAAUUUCAGAGAAAAACAGCUUUGUCCCUGCCCUUUCCCCAAAAACUCACAAUUUAACAUCCAAUUAAAAGUGCCAAAUCAAUAAAAUCAGUAAAACAGCAGAACACAUCAUGAAACAAUAAAGACCGUAAAAAUAACAAGGCAGGACAAUUUCAAGUCAGCAAUCUCUCUAAGACUUAGGGCAAUUGACAAGAGCUGGUUUCCUUUUUUUCAUGUUUACAACACCUCAUAAGAUAAGCAUUACUAUCCCCACCACCAGUUUUUAUAGCUAGGGCUGGAACCUGUGUUAUCUACCCUUUUUGUACUGUUUUUGAAUAAAAAAAAUGAAGCUGCAGGCUGCAGUUCUAUAUUCCAGCCUUCAGGCUGGUGCCCUCCAGGGUGAUGGGAGUUUAGUCCAAAACAUCUGGAGGGCACCAGGUUGGCAAAGACUGUUGUGCACAUUUACCUAAGUACUUCUUAGUAGACACAUAUAAGAUUAUAUUUUCAGGCCAAGCCUGUAUAGCAUUUUAACUUAUUGACAUGGGCUCAGAUUUAGUAACUGACAUUAGCUUUCUUAGGGUGAACUCUGAUUACCAAAAUAAAUACAUGCUAUGGGGAAGAACUGCUUUAAGCCCUGGGGCUUGCCUGCCCACCCAAGCCCAGAUUUUACACCCCCUUUGUUAAUUUUGGCAUUAAGCCCUUUUCAGGAAAGCAUGUAACCAAGCUGUCUAGACAGGUUUCAUACCUGAAACAAAUUGGGUUUACCACAAUAAUAGGUUUUCCCAGCCUCCGUUGAAGAUUCCUCUUCUCCCUUUCCCCCCACCUGUUUUGCAAUUGCAAUUUUGAGGAAAAGGGAAACAGCGGGAUAAUUUGGCAUCCAGUUUUUUGCUGAGCAACAUUCUUGACGUUCUCCUAAAACUAUUUGUAGAAUUGCACUUUGUGUAGAUGCAGUAUUUAUUGAAUUCCCUGAAUUGUAAUGCAUUCAAAUAGGAGGAAAACCCUCUGCAGUGUGAAUAAUCUGUUCCAUUCUUCAUUUCCUCUUGUAUUUCAGUAUGCUAUGUUCUUGUCUCUGGUCUUCCUGGCUGAGCUUGUGGCUGGCAUUUCAGGGUUUGUGUUUCGCCAUGAGGUGAGUAUAAAUUUCAUGUUGGUAAAGGUGAUGGCAGCAUGGCUCUGAGCAGAUUUUGCUGCACCCUCUUAGGAUACUGGGUAUGAUUAACCAAGGCUGCAGAGUCCAGCACUUUACUUGGCAGCGAUAUGUACCCACAAACACAAAUGAAAGGAUUUAGCCUAAAGCUUUAGGCUUUUGCUGUUCAAUAUUUAUUUUUGAGUUGCAUUUAUUUAUAUGCUCAUCAUGCAAGAUCUUCUUUACCCUGUCAUAUAUGCUGAAGAGAGAAAAAUACCUUAAAUUCUUUACAUAAAUGCUGCUACUUCAGCCAAACAGGCUUUUGAUUGUAUAAUGCUGAGCGGAUUUCCAAGAAUGCAAAGCCAAACUAACCUAGUUUGUUUUGCUGCCUUGUAAAUCUUCUGUAUUUCCUGUGCUAAAAAGCAGCAGCAGAGCUAGAGUGAGGAAAGGGAAAGAAAAGGAUAAAAGUGAGUUAGUGAGACACAGGGCUUAUGGAAGGACACUUACCUUUUGCUCUGCUCUUUCAAUGUCUAAGCAUAGUGUUUUGUUUUUACCCCAAACUUUCACCACAAAAGCCAGCUCUAUAAAGCUGAAUUGGAGCAAAUGUCAGUUCGAGUUCUGUGCUGAUUGACAUUUGCCCUGACUGAGCAUUAAUGAGUGGGUUUUUGUGGGGAAAACUCCAGAGCAAAAAUAAAGGGGGCUCAGAUACAGAGCUUAACAUUGCAGACUAUGCCCAUAAAGAGCAGAGGAAAGGUAAGUAUGGAUAAGCCUACAAUGAAAUAAGAAUACAAUUAGGGUCUGUAAUACAAAUGUCUCUCAGCCCACUUCAUACAUACAGUGGUUUGUUGUUUUUCUCUUAAGAGUGCUUUAAAACCUAAGUACUUAAGUUUAUUAAAUUUGUUCAUUGAUUCUUACAACCAGGCCCCACGGUGAGUGCCACCCGGCGUUUGUCACCCCCUCAGUGGUGACACCCGGGGUGGACCACACCUACCGCACCCCCCCUUCCUCUGCGCCUGCAACCUGCAUCAGUGAUUGCCAGCCACUGCACCAAGGAGGCUGAAACUGUUGCCUAGCAACAGGAGCGUUUCUAGGUCUUGGGAGACCAGGCUGUGUCCUCUCUUUCUGCCCCUGCCUCCUCUGCUCCUAGUGGUGCAGUGAAACUUUCCCUGGAUCCUGUUGCUCCCCAUGAGGGAAGGGGGAAGAUGGGAGUCCUGCUUCCCCAGCUGGGGCAACCAUAUCAUAGGAGGGGGAAGCACCUCUUCUAGCCUAUGUUCCCUGGUCUCAGCCCCCUCCCAUGUCAUCUUCCUGUUUCCCCUCCUCAUCCAUCUCAGCCUGCCACUGCACCCCUGAGCCCAGCAACUCCUCUUCAUGACAGAGAAGGUCUUCUCUCCGAUCACUUGGCUUCAGGUGUUCUGUCAGAAAACUUGGUUGUUAGGACCCUAUAGGUUAGUAACCAAAUUUUAAAAUUGGCCAGACUAUACGCAUCUUGGAAACGUCAGUUGUCUUAUACAUUGCUAUCCCACAAUUCAUAGCCAAUUGGGUUGCAUAAGGAUUGCAACCAUUAUGAUUAGUCCCAUCUGAAAGGCGGUAUAUCCAAGCUGUUCUUGUGCAGUUGCUGUUUUGAAUCAAAAGGCCCAAAAAAUGUCAGUUAAGCUCUGUUCAUGCCCUCUGCCACCUCUGAGGCUGAGCAUCUUUUGCUUAUCUUUUGCACAGUCUGAAGUGUUGGCACUUUUUGAUCCUGAGGGCAUUCCUGCCCACAAGUACCCUUUACUGCAACAAAUCAGUGCUUCUUCUGUGGAUUGGUCUUUCCCUUUUCUCCCUCCAUCUUAAUAGUCCAGUCACUAGGAAGCAAAAGGCAAAUCUGAAGAGGAUUUCUUCUUCCUUUCAAACACGUAUAUUGGUUUAGGAAAGUAAGGGCUUCAAUUUAGGAUUGGUUGUACAUGCUUUGUACUUUUAAAAAUUCACAUCAAAAUUAUUCACCAAAAAUAAUUUUUAACAGUUGCAUCAAAAAAAGUGAUGCAAAUUAAGCUAACUUCCCCAUGUUCACUUCUUUCCAAAAAUGUAUUCUUCUUCUGCUCAUCAGGAGGUAAGGGAUUGUGCAGGACGUUGGAAAUAUUAUUCCCUUUUAUCUCUCGCUCACUUACAAACUUAUCUUCGCAGCCAUAGAAGGACAAAAACCCAAAAAACCCUGACACACUCAACAGGCCUUUGGUCCAGUUUCAACUUCUGUAUCUGCUAGCUUGAUACUGUGAGAUGCAUCCUUGGUAGUGAUGCAUUUCUUGGCAAAGGCAGUUAAUUCAGGAAAAUGAAACUGCUGCCAUGAAGCAUUGUCUCUUUCUUCUAUUCCCAUAUUUCCCUUCUGUUUUUCACCUGAUGCCUCUGACUCCUUGACAUUUCCCUCUACAUAAUGAAUGGAAGAUUUAACUUACAGCCCUAGGUAGUAAAUGCCAACACAAAGGACUACUGACUGCUCUAAGAUAACUUUUGUCAUUGCUGAAUGUACACUUCAGGAGGAAUGGCAGUUUCUUAUUUUCUUCCUGUGUCUAAAACCAUUCAUUUCUUUUAAAAAAAAUCAUUUCCCUGGUCGCUCAUUCAGGCUGAGAACUUGAGCACUGGAAAAUCUAUUCUGCAUAUGGGUCCAAUACAGCUGACCAUAAUGUCUAAAUUUCCCUUUUAGAUCAAGGACACAUUUCUUAGGACAUACACUGAAGCCAUCCAGAAUUACAAUGGAAACGAUGAGAAGAGCCAUGCAGUGGAUGACGUACAACAGAGUGUAAGUUCAAGGUUGCAACGACUAAAGCCAAUACUCUUCUCCGGUUGCAACAUAAGAAUUGUCAGUUGCUCGAAAUGUUGUCUGUGGAUUGAACAUAAUCAAUUGGUUGCAACACUUGAGCAGUCAUUUUCAUCAUUCUAAUUUCAUUCACCUCUUUUUGCCGUACACUGACAAAUCUCAGACAUAUAGGACAUGGUCUUCACUACAGUAACCACUGGAAGCUGUUGCAGAUUUUUGGCUGGGACAAUCAGCUGUCAUUGGAUGCUGGGAAGGGAAAUGGUGCUUUUAAAUAUGCAUCUAUCCAUUUGUGAUCCGUUAAUGACCAGUUAUUCCUGGUGUUAAUGCUAAAGGCUAACCAUUUAUUGCCAGCAUUUGAUAACCUUACUAUCUUUUGAUCAGUGCCUGGGCACAUGACUCACUGGUUAUCCCCAGUUCACUUGAGAAGCAUUUGGCAAAGCAUGCUUGGAAUGUUUGAAAAUGUUUAUUCUGUUCAAGAACUCCAGAAGUCUGAUGGUACUUGUGAGCAUGUGAUGCUCUUUGUAGAAGGCCUGUAGUAUAUGCUUUGCAGGCAGAAGAUCCCAGAUUCAGUCUUUGGCAUCUCCUAGUAGGGCUGGAAGGACCCUCAACCAGUCAGUGUUGGCCAGGGAUGAGGAAUAUGUGGCUUUCCGGACGUUGCUGGAGUCCAAUUCCAUCAACCUUAGGCAGUAUAGCCAAUAGUCAGGGAUGGUGAGAAUUGUGAUCCAGCAAUGCCUGGAAGGCCACAAGUUCCCCAUCCCCACCACUACCAUCGUAUCCUGCCCAGGUAAGGUGCAGCAACACCAGUGUAAAAAAGGUGGCUGUAUGGAUCUGCCCCUCUACAAUGGCCGCUGCUGCUUUUUGUGAUAGUUGGUAUAGUUUGAAGUAAGGACGUGAAGCAUUUCCUGGUUUUUCUAACUAUGGUCUUACUACUAUCCUUUCUGAUUAUUUUUAGCUGAGUUGCUGUGGUGUCCAGAACUACACCAAUUGGAGUACUAGUCACUAUUUUUAUGAACAUGGUAUCCCCCCAAGCUGCUGCAUGAAUGCCUCUGACUGCAAUCCCUCAGACCUGGCCAACAUUACCAUUGCUGCUACUAAAAUAAACCAGAAGGUAUGGACCACUUUGCUUAGUUGCAUAUUUUUCAGCUUUCUCCAUAACAAAAGGCAAAAUGUGCUGAAAAGGGGCACCUGGGGAAUUCACUGCAGUCUUACCCAUUCAUCCUACUGCUAAGCUGCGUUCUAGAGCUGGUGUUUCUCAUACUCCAACAGAGAAGAGAUGUUUCUCCCAUUUCCCAGUGAUCCCUGAGCUAACUUCCCAUGCCCCUGAUUCUCAUUCUGACAGAAAACUUCCUCCAUCAGAGCUGACAAGGCUGAAGAAUGCAGCAAGUAGAUUCAGAUAACCUUGAUAGUUAUGCCAGUCAUCGCGUCUGUUCUCACCUGUUGCUUUUUUUCAACAUCUUGCAACCAGUUUUCUGAAAGAUGUGCCAUGUACUGGAUGCUAACAGCCUGCUUGAACUGAGAAAACAGAGAUGAUUGACAUAAGAACCAUGCUUCAUUAGGCAUGUUUACUGCGCCUGUUAUAAUGCUGUUGGAGUCGUAAAGCUGGAGGCAGAACACAGCAACAUUUGACCCCGAGCCAAAAGGGAUUGCAAAAAGCACAGCGUUUUAGUGAGCAUGAGUGAGAACAAACGAGAUGAAUAAACAUGUAGAAAAUACAGGUUAUUCAACUCACGAUUUAUGUGACGUAUAAAAAAAUGAAUAAAUACCUCUUUAGUACUGGAACAGAACUUUUUUCUGUUCAACCUGACUCUCAUAUAACAGCAUUAAUGUUGAUUUACUGUAUCCAUUCCCUGUCAUUUUAUUUACUUCUUCCAGUUUAACAGUUACAUCAUGAAAUAGUGUUACAAUAUGGAAAAAUAUAGGGGGGUUAUUUUUUGUUUAAAGGUGACCUUUCUUAGUAGGUAUAUAAAUGCAGUCACAAAUGAAAAGCUGUUAUGAUAAAAAGUGAGAAUAACUAUAAUUCUUCCUUUGAGAUAAAGCUAUUUAUCUCUCCUUACGUAAAAACUGAGGGUAGCCAUCUUCUUCAGUUUUGCUGGGGUGGGGGAGAUUCUCCCCUGCUUAAGGAUGGGCACUCCUUGGUUAUGGUGGUAUCAUACAACCUGGGAGAAUCUGGUUGCCCAGGCUAAAAAGCCUAGAAGACCUUUGUUUCCCAUGCUGGCAGGUGCACAGGAAAUGAGAAGUUGCACCAGCGCAACCCAACUAGCAUCUUUCAUUUGGGCUCAGCGAAUGGGCUGGGAAGUCCACAAGGCACCCUGGAGUGAUUCCCAUUUUGCAAUUGGAAGGGAAAGAAGUGGAGUUGUCGCUCCCUUACACUCCUUUUGUCCUGCCCAGUGUCAUUUUCUGACCAACAUUUUUCAGGAUUUGGUUCUCAACAGCAUGCAAGGUUGUUCUUCUCAUUAGGGCAUGUUUCCCUUCCAAAUAUCAGAGAUUGCCUGGCAGGUGGGCAGCAGCAUCUUGAAAGCCGAAUGUGGAAUUCAAGAGGGGGGGAGAUGGAGCCCAUCUUUGUAUGAUCAUCAGUUAAAUCUAACAUUAGAUCAGUGCCCAAUACCUUAUUUUCACAUCUCUAACAUCAACUAAUCCAGGGUCUUUUUGUGCUGAAGCCCUCUUUACAAUAUGACAAAAAAUACUAGAGAGAUGUGAGUCAUCACAGGCAAUUCCAAUGCCGUGGUCAAGGUGAAUAGCAGGCCAGCUAGCUGUUAUCCCAUAUUGCUAGAUUUAGCCCACAUAGGCUAUCAGUCUGUAUAACACAGGGUUAGAGCUUUCUCAGAGAAGGUCGGCUGUUGAAUCUUUUCGUUCUCUCUUUUUCCUAACUCCUAUGAGGUUCCUCCAUGCUUAAUUAUUAACACCUGGCUCAUCAAACAAGGCCUAAGAUUAUCUUUGCAAACAAUUGAUUUCCUAUCCCAGCUCCCAAAGCUACAGCAAAGGCACACAAGAGCUCUGAUCUAGUAGGGAGAAGCUGACCUACUACAAGAAUGAAGCUGGAUUUAAUGUAGAUCAGAUGGUUUGAAGUUGUUUGUGGAUUGCCCAAACAGAUGUAUUUUUGUUUUUUGUUUUUGCUGUCCAUCACCUCCUGAUAUAGAUUUAGACAUAUGUUUUAUUCACAGAAUAAUGCCAAGAAGUUUAACUGAUAUUAAUCUCAUAUUUACAAUAUACUUAUUCAUAACUACUGAUGAGUCCAUUUCCCCUAAAAUAUUAGUAAGAGAAUAGUUAUCUUAAUGUGAAAAGGAGUUUGUUCAUUAAUUAUAAAACGUUCUCAGGAGAGACAUAUUUUGUCAGGUAAUUUGUUGUGAAUGUUGCAACAGUCUUUUUAAGAAUACACAGUGCGGGCAGAUGAAUUAAAAAGAGUUAUGAAAUAGAUAGCAAACAAUGCUGAAUUCUGAUGAGUUUCAGAAAUGUUCACCAAAGUUGAGAGCAUUUGUACAGCAUGAAUCAUAAUUUUUUGUUUUGUUUUCAACCUUCAGAUCCCUUCUGCUGGGGUAUUUUGAUGCUUCAGCCUCAUGGUCCCAUUUAAGUUAGUGAGUCACCAAGCCAGGACAUGAAGUUGUUAAGAGAUCAGGCCUGAUCUGGUGAAAUCCACUGUCUAGUACUCUCAGUGAAGCCAGUGUGUGGAAGUUGUGGACACUCCCUUGUCUGUUUCAACAGAGGCUUUCAGCAGGAAUUUUUCAAAUGCAUUUUGUCCUAGUUUGCUAAAUCUUUAGCUCAUUUUCCCCAGACAAACUGUAUCCUUCUAAUGCUGGCUGGGGCUGAUGGGAGUUGUAGUCCAAAUAAUCUGGAGGGCACCAGGUUGGGGAAACAUUGCUUUAAAGAAAGGUACAUUAUGGUAACCAUACCCUAAAAUGUAAAGUUUGAAAAGUUGUAUGCAGUUUAUCAAAUUCACUCAAUCUUCCCACAGUCUUGGGUUACUCAUUAGUAUACAUUGUGGUGCUGAAGUGCAUGUCAAACUGUCUAAUCCUUCGUUGAGCACUAAAUCAGGGGCAAGUGGAUAUCCCUAUCAAGAGUAAUUGGCUGCUUUCUUUUCCAGGGCUGUUACGAUCUGAUGACCAAUUUUAUGGAGACAAAUAUGGGGAUCAUAGCUGGAGUGGCUUUUGGAAUUGCAUUCUCACAGGUAUACAUUUUUAGUGCUUUGAAGGCAAGGUGUGUUUGCUUAUUUCUUCAGCUUCUGGGAAGGAUUAGGAUAAGGGACAUGCCUCUCAAACUGUUCGUUAGUUCUUAGGGUCAUCUGUUCAUUGAUUUUUCUUUUCCAACUUAAAUGGAGUUUCUCCUUGGGAAUAUCGGUUACAGCCCAACUAAUGACUGCCUCAAGGGGGUGGGGAGGACCCUUCCAUUGGGUCAAAUAAAGGUUAACCUAAUAAACCAAUGGCUUAAAUGGAGCGUAAACAACUCACAUGCCAAGCAGUUGAUGCAUGACUUACAUAGGUUUCCCCCCAGCCCAGAGCAGUCUUUUGCGUAAAGGAAAUAUCAGAUUCAGAGAACCAUCAUCUAUGAAACGAAAGCAGAUGCCAAGGUAGGCACAUUCAAAGGUUCAUAUUAAGGGCCAUCAACAGAUAAAUUUAUUUCAGUUUUCACAAUUAAGAUUUGUAAUAAAUAAAAGCGUUUUUAGUGUAAAUGCUGGGACUGACAGGUAUUGGAGACUAACAACAUGGAAGGGCCACAGGUCUUAGAUGGGGACAAACAGGGCAGAAGAGUUGUUAUGCCUGGCUUCUGAGCUUCCCAGAAGCAUCUCUGGCAGACUGCUGUUGGAAAUCACAUUGUUAGGUUUAGUGGACCUUUUGUUCUCAUCCAACAGAGUUGUUCUUAUGUUCCUAUCUUACCCUUCCUCCUGAUAGUGCUGAAAAGAGGAGCAAAGAUACACUGUACUUUUGCAAGAGGAUUGUUGGUGAUUCUGGGGGUGAUUGAUUAUGUAUGACAGGAUGCAAGAGAUAACUUAGUACUUUAUACCCCACUUUUAUAUCCCACUCAAGGCAGUGAACAUAGGAUUCCCAAGUGACCUCCCACCGAGGCACUGAACAGACCCAAACCUGCUUAGCUUCAGCAAUGUGGCCAUAUCACAUGUCAUGAGAUCACGCCAUGUAUAAUUCACUGUCUUGCAUUUCUGAACCAUGAUCUUUCUGCAUUGCUAUUGGCAAAGGUCUAUUGUCCAUAGCAAUCUGUUCUCAAGCCGGCUUUGGCGGAGCUUGAUUUCCAGUGGAAUGUUAUACAAGCAUACUUCUAAGUGGCACAUCAUGAAGACAUCCCUUUGGGCUUGUUCUGCACAUGGGAAGAAAUUCCUUACCUCUGCUUACCACCCCCUCUAUGUCAGACAAUAAAAUGUAACUGUAUACCGCACCCUUUCAUUAUAUAAUCUGUUUCCAUUCUGUUUCUUAGUAAUCAAUAGCACAAUGAAACAUCAAACAGCACUGUGUCCUUAACUUUGGAAGGAGAUAAUCUGCCAUGAAGAAACCACCCCAGUUGUUGUUUUUUGCUUCUGCACAAUUGAGUGUUUUCCACUUCUCUUUGCUUAAUUAGCUAGACUAGAGAUGGUUUAGCUUGUGAAAAAUGAAGUUUUUUGAAACGAGACAAAGAAGAAGUCAUGAAAUACAAUAAAAGUGUCCUGCGGCACACUUUCUUUAAGCACACAUUUGGGGGGUGGGAUGGACUGUGCCUUGUGCCUAAAAGUGUCUGCACAAUUCACAUUUGCACACUCUUCUGUAGAAGAGACAUCUGUGAACCUUUAAGAGAUUGUUUUGUUUUAAAAUGGUAUCGGUCCUUUCAGUUUGAAUUGAAUAAUGAAGAAAGCAUUCUUCAUAGAAAAUGAAGGACCAAACCAAGCUGCACAUGGUAAAGUCUAAAUUGUCAAAGAUUGUGUGUGUUUCAGAAAAGUGACAGCAACCUUCAACAUAUAAUGUGGGUGGACAUUUUCCUGUUAGUCCCCAAGUUGUCCUUGUACAUUUAGGAAAGAGAAUUGUACAGAGUGUAGCUAGUGGUUUAAAAGGUCACUGGUUUGCCCUUUGUAAGAUGGAAUUGCUACCAGGUUACUCAUUAAAUGGGGACAAAUUAUAGUACAGCUUUACAGCAAUGUUGACCUGCUUUUAAUGGGGAAUACAGAGCCCAGGCACUUAUUUGUAAAUGUAUUGGAAAUCAAUUUUACAAUGUAUAAUAACCAUUCAUUUUCAAAGUGGAGGCCUGGUGUAUUUCACAUGCAUCAUGUUAUUGCUUUGUAUUUUUUUAUUGGUAAUUUAAUUGUCAAAGGAAGUAUUUGUACAUUGACUGAGUGAGAUACAGUUCAUCAGCAAAUAGAACUGUUCAGAUCUGGGGAUUCAGUAACUAAAUCCCAAUUAAGACUGCAGUUCUAACCCCACUUACCUGGGAGUAAGCCCCAUUGAAUUUAAUGCCAGAAGCGGCUUAGUCAUGCCAGAAGUUAUGCCAGAAGCGGCUUAGUCAUGCUGGCCACAUGACCCUGAAGUUGUACGCCGGCUCCCUCGGCCAAUAAAGCAAGAUCAGCGCCGCAACCCCAGAGUCGUCUGCGACUGGACCUAAUGGUCACGGGUCCCUUUACCUUUACUUCUGAGAAGUCAUGGUUAAGAUUGCACUGUUAGUCAUACUGAAACUGAGUAGGUCCACUGAAAUCAGUGGGCCUUAAGUUAGUCAUUUUGCAGUAGCAGUUGGCAGGGCAUGCCAGGGCAGGGCAGGCAAGGCGGUGUUGCUCACUUGCCUUCCCAACUCUGAGCAUUGCUGCUGCUGGUCAUGAGAGGGGCAAUGCGCAGGGAGCACAGCACAGAUAUAGCAGCAGAGCCAGUCCAAUGCUUCUGCUACAGUACCUGCACUAUGCUGAGUUGCCCCCUCUCCCGUGCUUUGCCCCUCCCACUUUCAGGAAUCAGCAGCAAUUUUCGGUGACAAUGCUGCCUUCACUGUGCUACCCCAUUGACGACUACUGUCAUAAUGUACAUUUUAAUGAUUCAGUGGGUCUACUCAAAGUAUCCCUAAGUCUAGAUUCAACCCAUAGUUCAUUGGAGACAAAAGUGGAAUAUAAAAUUGGAUGCUGAGAAUUAAUUGCAGCCUGAAUACAGGUUUAAUUUUGGGCAUGAGAAGGAUAUCUAAGUAUUAAUAUGCCUGCAAUCUUUGUGACUGACUAGAGCUUACAACCCACUGUUUUGGUUUUAAAAACCAAACACACUGACUCUGUCACUACCACCAGUCAAAGACAUUAUAAUCUUCCUUAAAUUAAGCAUACUCCUUACCAGCAAAACAAGACUGUCAAGUAUUUCUGUUAUAUCCAGCUUUCAAUGAAUGCUGAAGGCACACCUCUUUACCCUGGCCUUUAACAUCUGCUUAUCUGUGUUUUCAGUACUCACUCUAUUCCUGUGACUGUAAUCUGUUUUAACUGUUUUUAAUUCUGAAUUUUAAAUUGUUGUAACCCACUCUGAGGCCUGCUGGAUAAUAAAUGUAUUAUUAUUGUUAUUAGGCUUUUUGCAAAACGGCAAAUUGAUUUAAUCAUUCCAGUGGCAAUUUAAUACAUAAGCAUUUUGAUAAGGUAACAGUCUCCUCAAUCGUAAUGUUUGUGUGAAAGAAAAUAGCGGAAUGUAUACUGAAUUAAAGCAAGUUGUUGUUGUUGAAAAAAUACAUCUCCCCAGAAUAGCUUAUUUGAUUAAAUGUAUAGCAUAUUAAAUGGUUAACCUGAGCUGUCAAGAAAUGUACAGGGGUUAUAGGUGAGCAUUGACUGUGCUAUGAAAUGGAUAGCCAAAUAUAUCACAUGGCAUUCUAGUAGAUGCUUGUGACAUGCAUAGAAAGCAAAUGACUGUGGUGGACCUCACUCCAAUCUUACUUUGUAAGACAACUGAUGUCUUCUGUUUUUAGUUAUAUACAUAGUGUAGAAUUCCUUAAAAAAUUGAACUAAAAGAGCAGCUGUAUUUUACUUUAGUAUUGUCAGUUGUCUGUCAUUGGUAAGCUCUGCACUUGUGAAAUGUAGGUUUGUAGCAGAGAUAACAAGGAAAUGAUUGGAAAGUUGUUUGGAGGGGGCCAUCUAGAAUGAAGACAACCAGUGGGCAACCCGCUCACUUAUGUGGAUCACAGAAAUGCAAAAAGAAGCAGUCUAAGGGAUUUUGGGUGUGCUAGACUGGAGGAAUACACCCCACAGUGGGAACUGAAAAAGGCAAUGUGUCAUGGCAGCCAAGAGUCCUCCAAACUGCAAGUGCCAUGCUGGACAGAUGGAGUGUAGGAUGAAAUGUAACACUGAACCACUUUGGAAGAUUAAUCUGAUUGAGAGUAACUGGCUCUAGAGUACUGGGGUUAAGUGCAAACAGGAACACUUUAAUUACAAGUACCUUUUGGUCUACUUUCUUGAACACUUUUGCGUUCUACUAUACUCUACGGCCAAGAUGCAGAAAAGUGCCACGACUCAUGAUCACUUAAUAUGAGAUGUCUUGAAUGAAGUGAAAAGGCAGCAGCACAACUCCGCAAACAGCUCUGAAUGUUAAAACCAAAGCAAGGGUAUAUAUACCCUGAGCAAUAACCUGUGAUUGUCAAAUAACAUAGAACGAACUGAGUGCUGCCAGCCUCUUCUGCUAGUGGCAAUUGAUUAGAAUGUCUAAUAAAAGGAGCUCGCAUAAGAAAGUUGUGCAGACUCUAAUCACACUUAAAGCCUGUACAACAUCCAUGUGCUUCAAGAUAAAUGCCAAAGUGAUUGCACAGGUGUCAGGCAAUGUCUGUAACAUCUGAAGUCACUUUGUGUCUGACCCACUGCUUUUGACACACCAACAUGGCAGGGAGUAGAAAGAACCUGUGAGGCACAUUGCUAUCCCUUAACUAAGUACUGUGUAAAGCAGGCAGACCUGGAGCUCAUUGUGCAGGUGUCUGCACAGUGAACACUCCAGAGACCACACUGGUCUGGAGGCUGUCUGUCAAUGCAUAGCGGGAAAACAGUGACCCAUAUUACAGUGAGAUUUUCAUGGAUUAUUUGCUGACCUAUAACUAGUGUUUAACUGAUCUCAGAGAUCUUGUAUAGCUCAGUUGGUUAGAGCGUGGUUCUGUUUCGACCCCCAUAUGGGGCAGCUGCAUAUUUCUGCAUUGCAUUGGGUUGGACCAGAUGAUCCUCGGGGUCCUUCCAAUUCUACAAUUCUAUGAUUCUAUCUUCAUGAGCAUAUCCUAAGAUGCCUGAAAGACAAGAAGCUAAAGAACAACAGAUUGUUUUGCAGAUACAGCCUUUUUUCAAUGUGUAAAUAUUGAAGGUGAGCUGUAACCAUUGGGAAGGGGUGCAUAUGUCAGGAAGCUGAUAGAAAUAACAUAUAUAUAUAUUGUAUAAUAAAGCAAGUCAAAAAGACUUUGAUUUCUUAGAAACAAAUAUAACAAAAGUGAAGUUGCCUGGGUGGGAGAUACUUUACAGGAGCUGAUGCUUCGCAAUUGCAUUGAUUCUGUGUUUCUAUUGUGUCUAUUGGCUUAAACAUAUAAUAUUUGUGUAUUUACAUAUUUUAAGGGAUUAAAUAAAUAAAUAAAUAAUCCUCAGAAGAGUCCAUGGAUUUCACAGUGACACUGGACUACAUGUAUGAUAUUUUCUCUUUCUCUCUCUAACAGUUGAUUGGAAUGCUGUUGGCAUGUUGCCUGUCCCGAUUUAUUACUGCCAAUCAGUACGAGAUGGUGUAACAAGGUGGGUCUGUAUAUUGCUUUAUGCAGGAUGUCCUUCCCAAAGUGACUCUGAUGCCUUGCUUUUCUGCUUAUGAAAGCCCAUUACAUAGCUGUUUGUAUAUAGUCAGUCAGUUUUUGCAGCUGGGAUGAAAAUACUAUAAUCAGAGUUAAUCAGAGUGGCAUUAUUUAAAAAAAAACACCCUAAAUAGAUCUCUUGAUUCAGGCAAUAUACUGGAUAUGUUUUUGUAACCUUAAAAAACAACCAACCCCCCCCCCACAAAAACACCUUAACAAUAUCUGCAUAUCUACUCAGAUGGAAGUAUCACAGAAUUCAGUGGGGUUUACUCCCAGGAAAGAGUUUACGGGAUUUCAAUCUUCUGAAGCAAAAUAUCACUUACAUUGCUAUUCUGUGGUUUAUUUCAAUUAAUUCAUUAAACAGUUAGAAGCAAGGGGGGCAGAUCAUUAGGAGAUUUGGAGUUAGUUGAUGACACUUUCUUUCCUUUACAUUUUGGCCCAGAGAGGCUGUGAAGGUUCUAAACCAGUGAUGGACUGGAUGUGGGUUAAGAACCUGUAACUUAAUUUGGACAAGGUAGAAGUGCUCCCAGUCAGUAGGACUGCUGAUCUGGCAACAGGAGUUCAGCAUGUUGGUCUCUCCUUGGAAAACCAGGUUUGCAGUUUCAGGAUGCUGCUAGUCCUGAGCAUGCUCCUGAUUUCCCAGAUGGCUGCUGCAGUCUGGAGCACUUUUCCUUUGCAUAGCUGGAGUGCCAACUGUAUCCAUUUAUGGAAAGGAUGGACCUGUAUAGCUCAGCUGGUUAGAGUGUGGUGCUGAUAAGGCCAAGGUUGCAAGUUCAAUCCCUGUAUGGGACAGCUACAUAUUCCUGCAUUGCAGGGGUUUGGACUAGAUGACACUCAUGGUCCCUUUCACCUCUACAAUUCUAUGAUUCUAAUUAUAAUUGAAGUAGAUAUUGUGCUUAUAUUUGUUAAUGUUUUCGCAAUACAGGGCUUUCUUUUCCCAGUGGGAGGAAAGUUCUUCUGUUAGAGGAAAGGAACCUUUGAUCUAACCCAAAGCAUCCUUACUUUCAAAAGAGGAUUUUUAUGGUUGAUGGUAACUAAAACAAUCCCUUGUUCUCUCUCCCACCCACCCCUUUCUCUUCUUUCCAGGGGUGUCAAAUACAGUGCCUGUUUUCAAUCAGGAACUGGAUAAUUCUUGGAAGACUUCUAAAGAAUGUUAGAGCACAUACACAACUACACAUAUACACACACAUAAAGCCACCACCUUCUAAACUCUGUACCAUGCGUAGUGUACCAUUCCGUGAAGUACUGUUGUGCCGCAAAAGUAGCCUGAACCAUUCAGCAUCCAGUACUGUACACUCCAUCCUGAAGGCUCUGCAUAUGAUGGCACUAUAUGUAUGUUCUUGGUCAGACUGUAGUUGCAUUGUAAAGUUAACAGAGGUAAUUCAUUAACAGCAAUGAUUGGGCUGUGCAUGUAGUGACUGGAGGGCGAGAUUAGCCUUUCACUAUGGUUAAUAAAUGUCGCACACAUCCAUAUUAAACUUGUAUACAAAUAUAUAAAUAUAUAUAUAUAUAUUAUUUGGUUUUUCAGAUUUUUAAUUUCUUGAUUUUUGUUUACUGCUUUACUAAAGUUUUUCAACGUACCCACUCCCUCCCCCACAACUGCCCCAAGAAGAAAUCAGUUACAUAACUCACGAAGAUACUUGAAAAAAGUCCAAAAUCUGCUUGAGAGAAAUUGUUCUUUUGAUGUUCUGCUGCACCUUUGAUUCUUAAUGUUGUACACCUAGUGGGUUGCCAGUAGGCCUUUGUCUAGUGCAUUCUGCCUCUGAAUCUGAACCUGUGUAAUAGUUACUAAGCUGUGUUUGUUUGCUUACUGUGAAACCAGUAAUUUCUGCUUUUUAAAAAAUUAGAUAAUUAUGAACUAAUCAAACUGUGCUGUAACACUACUUUCUUCUCCCCCCUUUUAUUUCUUUUACUCUCCUUUUGCAUUGAAGUUGCCACCAAAUACAUUGUCAAAUCAAUCAAACGUAUGGGGGGGAAAGAGUGUGUGGAAUAUUUUUGGGGCUGGGAGCAAAAGUUUAAGACCUUUUUUAAAAAGAAUAGGAAUUUUUAAAUAAGGCCUCUGUCUAGCAUGCCAACAAGAAUGCAUUGAUAUUGUGAGUAUUUGUGAUAUACAUAUUAAUAAAUGGAAC